CACACCUACAGGGGGCACAGGGCACCUCUCUGGGGUACCCACACCUACAGGGGGCAAAGGGCACCUCUCUGGGGUACCCACACCUACAGGGGGCACAGGGCACCUCUCUGGGGUACCCACACCUACAGGGGGCACAGGACACCUCUCUGGGGUACCCACACCUACAGGGGGCACAGGGCACCUCUCUGGGGUACCCACACCUACAGGGGGCAAAGGGCACCUCUCUGGGGUACCCACACCUACAGGGGGCACAGGGCACCUCUCUGGGGUACCCACACCUACAGGGGGCACAGGGCACCUCUCUGGGGUACCCACACCUACAGGGGGCACAGGGCACCUCUCUGGGGUACCCACACCUACAUGGGGCACAGGGCACCUCUCUGGGGUACCCACACCUACAGGGGGCAAAGGGCACCUCUCUGGGGUACCCACACCUACAGGGGGCACAGGGCACCUCUCUGGGGUACCCACACCUACAGGGGGCACAGGGCACCUCUCCGAGGUACCCACACCUAAUGGGGGCACAGGUUACCUCUCUAGGGAGCUAGGGGACACAGGGCUCCUCUCUGGGGUAUUCACAUCUACUGGGGUGGCAGGGAUCACAGGGCACCUCUCUGGGGUACCCACAUCUACUGGUGGAAUGCAGUCAGCCAGCCCAAACAGACACCAAGAAAGUCAUCCAGUCCAGAUCUCCCUGAAAAGGCUAAGAGAGAUACCUGUUCCUCCUCCAGACUUUGCUGUAAAAACCCAAGAUCCUGCUUAUAUCCCUCCUGUUUUACCAGCUAACAAGUAUCCAGCUGUCCGUUUCAACUCUGGGGAUACAAUACCAGGUAUAAUCAUAGCUUCAUAAAUUCUGGGACAUUAUUGGUUUACAAUAAUUUGUUGUGUGAAGCAGAUAUUUAUAUGACAUACUUCAUAUGUGUUGUACCUUGAAAUUUAAUAAAAGGAUAACCAAACUGUAUUUCGUAUAAACGUUCUAGUGGGAAAUUCUUCAAGCCAGAACACAUGCUUUUCUGUGUGUUGUGAUAAAUUCUGCUGGUUCCCAUGGUGAUUGCUCUUUAUUUAGAAUAGAAUAGCAUGUUUUUUGCAUUGACAAUUCUCCCCCUUAAUUUGGCCUGUGAUAUGCUUUCGGGAUAUAUGGCAUACAAUAUUCCACUGCAAUUCAGAAAACUGUUUGAAUCACAGCUUUAUUUUUUGUCUUAUUACCAUGGAUGAUUUAACAAAAUUGUUUUCAAAGAACAUCAUAGUCUUUAAAUAUUUCACAUUUAUUUCAUUUAUAUAAGUAAACACGGGGAAAUAAUCAAAUUAAAUGUUCUAUUGGUUUGUUGCUUUCAGAAAAAAAUAUAAUUAUGGUACUUUUUGUAAAAAAUGUAGUUUAGUUUUGUUUUUGUUUAUCCUAAUGUAAAUUCAAAGCCUAAUUGCAAUUUUAGGAUGACAUGGUAGAGUAGAUUUCUUUUCAUCCUCAGCUGUUUUGGGCAAAUUUUGCCAUUUGGUUUUUAAUGGUCAAAUGCCUAAAUACAGCCCACUAGGGUGGACAGUAUAUACAAUGAAAAUACAACCUAAUGAUAAUUGGAACCGCUGAUUUUCUAGCGGUCACAUCCAUUUACACAGUGAUAGGAACCGAAUUGUAAAAAUACAUGUAAAACUUGUAUUGAGUUGUGCCCCUUGCUACUAGCUAAAUGUAGCACUGUUACCUUUUCUUUAAAAUUAAUUGCAUUUGUACAAUUCAUUUGCCCUUUCAGACUCUGCACAUCUUAUUACAAUACAGAACCAUUUGAUUUCCCAUAAAGAACCAUCCACUAUAAAGGUGAGCUUUAUUUAUCGUCAUCACAUAUUGCUGUUCUGUUACUCAGAAAAUGUAUUGAUACUGUAAAUACAACAGCUUAGAGAAAAUUUACAAAACAUUUUUUCAAAUUAUAAGUAAGACAGUAGAAACCUGGGAUGCCAGACCCCUUAAUUAUUGGAGCCCCCAUUACCUUGGGUGUCAGUGUGAGAGUUGAUUUAAAAAGUGCCCUGUCUGUUCCCUAUGUACAUUUAUUAACCCACACACUGCUGCUCAUUUUAUGAUGGAAUAAGUAACUGAACCCUUUAAAAUGUUUUUUUUUUUUUUUCACUUAUUUUUAAUCCACUGGCUAGUGCAGUGCAUUGUGCAAUACUUCAUUAUAUUUCUUCUAAUUUUACCAUCAGAAAGCAGUUGCUCUGCAAAGAUGCAUUUGAAUGGCCAUAUAUAUCUAUGUUCUAAUAACUCUAGGAUCUGUGGAGAUACAAUUUCAGAGGUAGUUUACAGAAUUUCCUAUCCUACAGAAUGUAAAAAAAAAAACAAAAAAAACACUUUGAUCCUCACCUGGCAAUAUGGUUCUACCCUUACAUUUACACCAUAAGUGAGAUUUGUAAGUGAGGGUUAUAAUGUAAGAUUACAAUUACAAUUUUUGUAUAGAGCCAACAUAUUCUGUGGCGCUGUACUAUAGAUAAAGUAAGACAAACCAUCCAAACAAAUUCUAGCAAAGGAUGUUCGACAUACAAGAACAGUAGGUGAAGAGGGCCCUGCUUACAAUCUAAAAUGGGUCCUACUGAUGCCUGGGGGUCCUUCUCAGUGAUAUCUCGUUCCCAUCAACCAUGCACAGGUGAAUAGCAUUGAAAGCCCACACACUCUGUUCUUCAUCCUAUGUGCUGUAGGUCGAUGAGUAAAUAUUAUAUCUGAGGGGUCUGCUUGAUCAAUUCCCUGUAAAUAAAAAUGCAAAACUAAAUUAGUGUAGAUGGCUCUGACCUUGUCAGCUUUGAGGCACUAUGUGAAUGCCAUACUUCACUUUAUAUGGCAUUUCUACCAUUUUUGAGCAUACCCAACCCCAUAUUACUCUGAACCAAAUGAACACAUUUUUACAUUAUUACUCCUAACUGAAUUGCAUUGAUGCAAAUCCAAAUUGCUAUUUUGGAUCAAUUUGGGGCCCUUUUUUUUCUUUAAAAUGAAAAAAAACUUUGAAAAACUAUAACUGUAUUUAAAAAAAAAUAAGCACGUGAGUAAGCACACAAUUGUUAGAAUUUUGCGAUACAGUUGUCUCUCUGACACUUUAACAAACAUUAAUUUUGUAAUAAUGUGGGUGGUUUUCCUCCUCUGGUAAAAGGUUUGUCUGACAAAGCAUAUGCAAGAUGGUUCACAGGAGAAAACGGUCAUGAAAAACACACAAGAUAGCAGCAACUGUAAAAGUAAGUCCACAGUGAUCCCCGUCAAUUAAUUAUCGUUAAAGGAAAAAUAACUCCAGAUAUUGUGUCUUGUACUACGGCACUGGCCUUGAAGCUUGGGAGACCAUUAUUAUACAUUUAUCCACUCAAUUGGGCCAUAGCCAAAUCACAUAUGUUCAAACAGAAAAUGCUUAGACAGUAGCUGCCACUUGACCACAAGCAUGACUAUCUGUGUGAUUUACAUGUACAAGUGGUAGAAUCUCUAUAAAACUUUUUGUUACUGAGGAUUUUUGCCAUAUGCAUUGUUUUCUUAUGUAUAUAUAUAUUAGCUAUUCAGAGUCUCCACUCUCUGCAUGGAGACACUGAACUUUCCUCAUAGAGACACAUUGAUUCAAUACAUUUCUAUGAGGAGAUGCUGAUUGGCCAGGGCAGUGUUUGACGUGUGCUGGCUCUGCCCCUGAUCUGCCACCUUGACAGUCUCAGACAAUCCUAUGCUUUCCUAUGUGAAAUCAGUGUGAUUGGCUGAUAGACAUUUCUGAUAAUGUCAGCCAAGCAUGCAGAUCAGAGGAAGAGCCAGCACCCGCAAACUUCUACUGGAUUAAAAGUAAGAUUUUACUAUAUUUAGGAGGGCUAGUGGAAGCCAGGAGGGCUAAAUGGUGGUUUUAAGACUAUAAGGUCAGGAAAACAUGUUUGUGUUCCUGACCCAUAGUGUUCCUUUAAGUAAUGUUUGUCCUGCAAUUCACUUUAUUUCGGACGUCCAUGAUAAACCCUCGGCUGUCCAGCAGAAGUUUAUGGUACAAGUAGUUUAUCCCUCAGGAGCAGUUUUACUCAUUACAAAGGAUGACUGAAAGUGUCUAGUAAACUGAUAGUAGCCAUACCAUUAGUUUAUACACAGGGCACUUCACGGUUUUAACCAAUCCCCAGAAUACUUAGAGUGGCGUAUCAGUGGUUACCUUGUUAGAACCUUUUGGAAGGCACCAUUGCAGUAUGAUUUAUUAUACAACGUGAUAUUUUUUUCAUUUAUUUAUUUUCUCCUCAGGCAGAGAUGUAAAGAUUUCUCAGUUUACUUCAGGUCAAAAAGAAACUAUCCUCACCACUUUAAAUAAAAGGUAAUAUUGUGUGUCUGUGUAUAUUAAUAAUUCUUAUAUUGUUCCGAGCUAUUAACAUUAUAACAAAUUAUAGAAUGAUUGACAAUAACAGGACUUGAUUUAGGAAUGUUUCCAAAUGAUUCAAUAAUGUUAGAAACCUUUUCCAAAUCCACUGGAAACCCGACAUGUUUAAUAUGUAUGUUGUAAUCCUACUGAUUGCCAGCUUGUUUUAACCCAUAACUAUUACUUGCUAGUCCUUUGGCAUGAAGACCUGUUCAUGAUGAUUAUUGAAUUCCAUUUAAGAUAUUAACGUAUUGUUUUUGUACAUUGUCCUAAUUUCAGAGCACAAGCUGCACCUGCAACUAAAGCUGUAAAAGUGAAACUGCUGGAAGAUGUUAAGGCUGCUCAGAAAACCUCUACACCCGAUGCAAAGGAAUCCCACAGUGAGUUUGACUGCGCUACAACCAUUGCAGCUGCCACUGCUGCUGCCAUUGCCAGCGCUGUUCCUGUACUUAAGGUAAUAUCACAUGAUAUUAUAUUGAAGUUAAGCCGAGUAAAAUUAAAUGGACUUUUUGCAGAGGUGGAUGUAAAACUGUCCCUAAAGAGUAGAGAAACACAGUUAUUUAACCCCUUGAGUACCAAACUUAUGUCAUGUGUCCUUAAGGGGUUAAAGGAAUUGAUGGCUAUGAGUGGCAAGGGGGGAGGGGUAAGGGGGAAUGGUUGAGCAGACCUGCAAUUUGUCUAAUAAAAUUGCAAUAUUUGCUAACCAGGACACUACCAGAUUAUUAAUAAUUACAUGUAGCUGCAAGUACAAAAUUAUACAGUAGUAAACUACAGGUACAAAUAGUUACAAUUAAUAAUGUAGUAACUAAGAUGAAGGAAAUCUGGUAGAAUAGCUUCAGAUUCUCAGUCUGUACCUUUAAACUGCAGUCUUCCCACCCCUUUCUUCGGUCACAGUUAGAAUGCUGAAUAUACACUUCUGCAUUACCAAUAUUAAUUCUGUACAACCAUGAUCGCAGUGAUCGGCUCUUAACUGUGGAAUAAUCUUUCUCCAUUAAUACCAGCCACUCAUCCAGAGUGACCGAACAGAUAUUGAAAAUGCAAACAUCACUCUUGCCUUGCCAACACAGCUGGAGAGAGGGAACGCUAUGGGUACCCAACCCCUGGUUUUGUCAAACUACUGAAGAAUGAUCACAUUUUCUUAAAAAGUCUAAACCUUUAAACUUGUGGAAUAAAGCUCUGUGGACAGUUGGAAAAAACAAAACACAAGGCAUUCCUCCCUGUCUGUGAAAUCUGGAGACGUAUUGAUGCUCCAAGUUACAAUAUAAUAUAGUCAGUAAUUUACUGCAUUGUUGACUUCAUUAUGAUAUAGAAAUAGAGAUUGCCUCCCCCUCAUAUUGCUAUUUCUGAUGCCAUCUUGCCCGCCCCUGUUUAGGUUCGUAGUGAUAUGGAAGCCCAAGUGAAUUCCGUUUCUCAGCUGCUUAACAAACUCCAAGAGGCAGAUAGGCACCUGCAACGUCUUAACGAGCAGCAAAGCAAAGUCCAAACUCAGCCGCUGGACAUGCAGUACCGUGAGCGAGUGACACAGCUGGAGGAUCAGCUGACCAAACUCACAGAGCAGAGACUUCAGCAUCUGGAGAAACUGCAACAGCAGCAGAUCGACAUGCAGGUAACUAGUGCAACACUUUAUUGUCUAGUAUAGUGAAUGGCCGACGUCACGCUGUGUUUAAAGGGACACUAUAGUCACCAGAACAACUACAGCUUAUUAAAUUUGUUCUGGUGAGUAGAAUCAUACCCUCCAGGCUUUUUGCUGUAAACACUGUCUUUUCAGAGAAAAUGCAGUGUUUACAUUACAGCCUAGUGAUAACGUCACUGGCCACUCCUCAGAUGGCUGCUAGAGAUCCUUCCUGGGUCAUGGCUGCCUAAAAUGCAUCCAAACAUUCAGUGUCUCCUCCCUCUGCAUGCAGACACUGAACUUUCCUCAUAGAGAUUCAUUGAUUCAAUUCAUCUCUAUGAGGAGAUGCUGAUUGGUCAGGGCUGUGUUUGAAUCAUGCUGGCUCUGCCCCUGAUCUGCCUCCUUGUCAGUCUCAGCCAAUCCUAUGGGGAAGCAUUGUGAUUGGAUCAGGCUACCACUUCUAAUGAUGCCAGCAGACUGCCUGUUUUUGGGGGGUUUUUUUUUAGGCAAACAGCAUGCAGAGUUACAGCUUCAGUCUUGAAUACAGUAAGAUUUUGCUAUAUUUAUGGAGGCAUGAGGGCUAGAUGGUGGUUUUAACACUAUAGGGUCAGGAAUACAUGUUUGUGUUCCUGACCCUAUAGUUAUCCUUUAAAGUAUACGAUUCACCUACAAAUCUGUGCAUGACAAGAACUCAUUUAUCUACGUAUUAUUUCAUCUAGGCCUUCUCCUAGAGCUAUCAGCAGAUAUUUAAAUUAAAUGUUAUGCUUACCUUGAGGUUGCUUCCUGAUUUGAUCCUUGAGAUCUGUGUGCAUCCCAGAAUGCUUUGCACACAUUGUGCAUUUAUUGGUGGAACCAUAAAAAGAAUAAUUCUAUCUCACAUUCUGGCCAAUAAUACAGGAUUGAAUAAGCACUGUGUGAAUAGUAGGAAUCAUUCUCCAGCCUCCCCCUUUAAUAGAACGGGUAUCAGGGUACCUCAUCCACUCCUCCUGAACAUUGUUGGGUUCUUUUGGACCUACUAAUAUGUUUAUUUUCUCAAUUUUCAAAUAACAGCUUUUUUGGUUUGUUUUUUUAUUUUAAAAUAUCAUUGUUCAUGCUAAAGGCUUCUUUUGCCAAAUUACUUUUCCCAUUAGGCAGUGCAGCAAUACUCAGCAGACAGAGAGGAUCAAUAUGCCUUAAAGUUCAAGUCAAGACAAGAUUAUAUGACUUUAAGUUAAAUUUGUUUUGUGCGAUCAGGAAACCAGAGCCUCCUGACCAUUUUGAGGCAUGAAAGUAAUUUCAUAAACAUUAAAGAUGAAGUAUUUAGCUUGACAGAUGCUUCACGAAUUUUUUUUUAUUUUUUUUUCGUUCAUCUUUUACAAAAGGCCACUCUAAUAAAACUCCUAAUGAAUUAAUACUUUCUGUAAAUGUUUUUAUUUAUUUAGCCAGAGACACAAGCGACACUUUGUGUUCACCAUUCUGACAUUUAAAGCUUUAACAUCAGAGCAAGUUUAGGAUUUCUUAUCUUCCUGGGAUUUUUGGAAGGCUGGCUCGUAGCUCUCUUACCUUGGCCAGCCUAACACAUGUCAUACAACACUAAUUACUAAAUUUCCUGUCCAAACAGCUUUCUUUUUCUUUCUGCCAGCUAACCAUCAUAUUAUCAAGGACUGAAUGGGACUAUGCAUGUCCCAUCUUUGUGUAUGGCAGUUUAUCUAGCUCCAACAAUUCUACUACCGGAUUAAACCGAUUCACAUUUGAUUAUUCUGGGCUUGUGCAAUAUUCAUAUCCUGCGUGAAAGUCAGUUUGAAAGAUCUUUAAUGGCUACUGGAGAAGCUGUCCCAGUAAUGCACUUACAUUUUUGCCUUUGCUUGUUCUUGAUUGGGUCACGUGCCUCUUUGAAUUAGAGUUUCUUAAAAUGAACAACAUUACAUUCUAACUUCAAUCUUUCCACAUUUAUCAGUGUGCUGCCCCCUAGUGAUGUCAGUGCCCAGAAUCCACCAUCUUUUCACAAUAAGCCGAACUGAUUUCUGCUCUGCCCUAGUUGCAAUAUGUGUGACUUAAGGGUGUUUUCACAAAUCCCUGGACGCAAAGAUGUCAUAUUUUCAGUAUCUAGCAUUCUCGGAUUUAGUGAAUACGUUAUUUAAUCGGUUAAUGUUUAGAACAUGAACAGCAAAUAUUUUCCCUGCCCGUAUACACCGUAAGUAAAACAUUGUUUGCCUGUGCAGUUGCUUGUGGUCUCUGUUCCUGGAGCCAGCCAUCUUGGUGCAUGAUCAGUCACUUACCUUCCCUCUGCUUAUUUACUUCCCUGAUUUGGUUGAAGUUGGUAUGUUGUAUCAGCUUCUGAGGUCUGAGCACAGGGGCAGCUUGUGCAGGGUGUCAGACCCAGGCCUCAGCUGUGGUUUGACCAUAUGUUGACUGAGUAUUAUUGUGGUCAUAGUCCAACAAUUGCUAUGACCCAGGUUUGUAACUCUGCUCUCGUUCACUCCCUUGUACCCGAGGCUGAUGGAACAUCUUAACUGCCACUAAAUCAGUGGGGUAAUAAUAGAAGGUGAGCAUUUAGAAUGUGACGCCCCCUCCAAUUAAAAGAAAAAUCUAACUUUGAAGACUUUAUUUUUGGUAAAAAUUGAAAUCCAUAUAAUGUUCAAUACAUUAUAUGGAUCCUGAUUGUUCACUUUCAGUUCUCAUGUUAAGGAUUUAUGUAUAUUCUUUUUCUUUUCUAGAAAUAAAUAGAUAUGUAGACGUGCAUAAAUAAAACACUGUAUUUAUAUUUCACUAGCAAUAUAAUUGUUUUCUAACUAUAUGUAUAUGUUUUAGUCCCAUUUUCUAAGCUCUGCUGUUAAAGACUUCUUGUGUCAGCAUAAGACUACAGCCCCAGUGUGUGUUAGUCUGACCUCGGAGGCUCCAAAACUUUGGCCAGUUCAUCAGCUGGAGCAGGCUUCAUCUUCCAUCCCCAGUAACACCAGCAAUACAGGUUUGCCUUUAUAAUAAAUAUUAUAAAUUCUUUUUUUUUUCCAUAUUAUGCAGGUUAAUGAUUUUGCCACAGCUAUUUUGUUGCUAAUAAAGAGCAUUCCGAACAACACCCCUAAAACAUUUCAAUAUUAAUUUAUUUUCUCUAAUUCUGUCCAACAAUCGUAGCAUAUAACCAUGUGAAGGCAAACACAAGUCUUGUUGCAGACACAAAAAAGCUUCUUUAAAAAUGACUAAUUUAUAUAUAUUUAUAUUAAGAUUCAAAGUGAAAAUUGGUUUAAAAAAAAAAAAAAGAAGCUUUUUACUUAUCUAUUCUUCCAGUGCAGUUGCUGCCAUCUCUGUCUCCUCAGAAGCCAUUGUGGAGGUGCCACUUUUAAGAUGGAGGUCCAAUCCAGUGCUCCUUAUAGAGGAUCAAGGGGCGAGCUCUGCGCGCAUCCUAUCAUUGAAGUCAAUGCUUUCCUAUGAGCAGCAUUUGGUCGCAUCACAGAGUUUCCGUGUGUUUAACCCUGCAGUGUAAACAUUGCUAUUUCUACAAAACUGUGGUGUUUCAUUUUGAACGGUUAAAACUACAGACCCACUGCACCCAGAUCACGUCAUUGAGAUAAAAUGGUCUGUGUGACUGUGUCUCGUUAUGGAACACUGAAGUCAUUGUUUUUUUGUUUUUUUUUCUUACAAAAUUGCUGCUAUGACACAAUUGAAUUUGAGUAAAAAAAAGAAGAAAAAAAACAUCCUUCAGUUUUAGAACUGAUUUUUAGAAUUCCUGAAAUAAUUUCAGUAAAGCAACAAGCUAAGAAUGCUAUAAGGCUGCUCCCUCACAAGUGGGAAAGGGGGACAACUGCUCCUUGGGCCACACCGAUAUAGGGGUUGCAGGCAGCAGCCUCAUAGCAUUCAUCUGCUGAGCCACUGGAAGUAUACAGAAAUGUGUGUUAGCAGAGGACUACAAGCGAGAGAGAGUAGGCUGGAAGUACGCACGACUCUAGAGAGGAAAUUCUCAAUGCUCUCCAGGACUGGAAUCUCAGCUAGAAUCCGAGUUCUGUACUCAGAAAAAUGGCAGUCAUUUGUACUUGCCACCUGGGCCUAAACUUGCCACCUCCACCCAUUCUUCUGCUGAGCCACUGGAGCUAUACAGAAAUGUCUGUUAGCAGAGGACUACAGAACUUGUCAGCCCUGCCUUUGAUUUAUACGAGACCCUGCUCGAAAGUGUAGUGCUUUUUCUGUUCAUUUAAAUGGGAGAAACACUGAUAUGCUGGGUUAUUUUUAUUAUUCCUUGUUGCCCAGGACUGAAGAGGAGACACUACAAAUUCCUCAGACAAUGAAUCAUCAAUGAGUAUCUCCAAAAUGUCCAGUCUAAGUAGAACUUCCCUGUUAGUACAGGUAAUAGGCUGAACAGAGGAACCUCUAAGAGUUGUUAAUGUUUCCUUAAUACACAUUUAAUUUAAUGAACCAUGUGCUUCGUUAUAUUUUAAUAGUAAUUUGCAAAGGUCCACAUAAUGUGAAAUUUUCUGCUUUUAUAUAGGAUUUUCUUGUGAUACCUGCAUGCUGUUAAAGUACCCACAAUUCUUUUCUCUGAAUAGGUGCUAAUGCAUGUUCUAGCACAGUUGAUACUAGCCAAUCUGGGAAAUCCCCAUUAGAAACUCCAGCGCCACGUAGGUGUGCCCCGGUACCCAUUUCAAUGGCUGCACAGAUUACCCAGAAAACAUCACUUGAAACGGAGAAUGUAAAUGAAUGCAAAGUUCCACCGGGUUUAGGUGAGUAUUGUAACAUAAUAAUGAUGCAUCUGUCCUGAUUGGCUUUCAGCUGAUUAAAACUGUUUUCUGUCUUUACUCCAUGUUUUGCAUUUGUAAAUUUCACUUUUUUUUUUCAUAUUUUUUAAUUUCUCUAUUUCCACAAUGACCCAACAUUCUCAUAUUGCCUCUGUAGUGAGAAUAGAAUAAUCUGGGUGUGAGAUUUGCAAAGAUCUCCUUAACUGCUAUCAUUCAAACCUGUCCUGUUAUAUAUGAAUUCAUUUCUAUUAUCACAAAAAUGAAUUCUGCAUUUUUUUUUUACACCCAACUUCCUUUCUUCUUGCUGUGGCGCCACCUACAGGACUAUCGUGGUGCGUAAUUCUCUAAAAUUGCAUAGUCAAUACAUUGUUAAAAACACCAGUCAAGCGAUAAGACUUGCCUUUCCACAGAAAUCUCAGAUUAGCAGUGCUGUUACCACUGCAGGGGAUUCUGGGUGGGCAUAUGCAAAUUAGUUCAACAAAGAACCACUUUUUUGCCUUAUUCCAUUUAAACAUGGAUUCCUUGGAGUUUAUAUUUGCUGUAUACAACAGCUUUGAAACACAACUCAGGAAGAGAUGCUAAGCCAGUGAACCACUCAUGGACAGCUGUUUCAUUGUUAAUGCAACUCAUCGAUGAGGCUGGUUACUGGUUUGCUAUUGAGACUUGGCGUUGCUUGCGAAGCACAAACCAAGAAAGUUAUGGUGGGGGAAAAAAGUGAUUUAAAAUUGCAUACAAAUAAUUAUAACCAUUAAAUGUUUGGGAUUUCACUGAAUCUCGUGCUUAUAUGCAGUUUAUUAUCUGGGUAUGAAUUCAGUGGUGUAUCCUGGUUUUGUGCUGCCCUAGGCCACCCCCACCCAACCCUUCCCCCCGCCCCACCUUCUAAAUACACACACACACAGUCAGACACAUACACAAACACACACACAGUCAGACACAUACACAAACACACACAGUCAGACACAUACACAAACACACACACACACAGUCAGACACAUACACAUACACAGUCAGACACAAACACACACACACAGUCAGACACACACAGUCAGACACAAACAGACACACAAACACACACAGACACACACAGUCACAUACACACACACAGUCAGACACAAACACACACACACACAGUCAGACACAUACACAGACACAAACACAGUCAGACACAAACACACACACACACAGUCAGACACAUACACAGACACAAACACAGACACAAACACACACACACACUCACAAACACACACAGUCAGACACAAACACACACACACAUUAACUUUUUUUUAAUUUAAAUCCCCCCCAACCUCCUUACCUUUGGGAGUGCUGGGGGGGGGGGUCUCUCUCCCUGGUGGUCCAGUGGCUGCAGAGCGUGCGGCGCUGGCAGGCGGGCAGCCGGCGAGGGAGCACUUCCCAUGAGCUGACUGCUCAGCUCCCUCGCGCGUCGGCUGCAGAGUGAGGCUGGGAACCGGAAGAUGACGUCAUCUUCCGGCUCCCAGCCUCACUUUGCGGUGCGCGAAGGAGCUGAGCAGUCAGCUCAUGGGAAGUGCUCCCUCGCCGGCCGCCCGGGAUGUCAGUUAGCCGCAAGGCUAACAAGGCAUCUGCCCUGGGCAUUUGGGGGGCGGCGUUUUUUGCCGCCCCCUGAAAAAUGCCGCCCAAGGCAAAUGCCUUGUUUGCCUCGCGGCUAAUACGUCCCUGUAUGAAUUAUCCAAUAUAAACAAAAGUCCACAAUAAAUAAAUGGACUCACGGGAUCAGCACUUUGCACAUUCUAUCCUAAUAUGAAAAAGUAGCUGAGUGAUAUUUCCACUAUAAUUUAAAAUUGUUCAGAGUCUUUGAACGCACCUGGGAUUUUGUAUGUGAAUUAACCAACAGUUUUCAUUCUCUCUGUGAAAAUGUACGGUUUACAUGUUAUCUAUAUAAAUUCUGUAGUAGAUCAGCUUCUAUUUUGUUCUUUGCAGUUUGAUUUAAUUUAUCAUAUUAUGAAUGAUAUAUAUAUAUAUAUAUAUCAUAUUUUUAAAAUUGAAGUUCUGAAUGUUGGAAUCCAAACAUACCAGGCUUGUUCUAGUCUCCGGAUAUCUUUUGUUGCAUUGAUAUUUUAUGUUGGACAGACUAUAAGACGAUAGUGUGCCCGUGUAUUGGUUACUGCAAGGCAGAUUCUGGUUCCUCCUUCACUUUCCAUGCAAGUCACUAUUUAUUGGCAUCUAAUCUACACAAUCACCAUGCCACUAAUUGUCAAGUUAUUGUUCAGGCUUCUAAGCUGGCCUCCUCCAGAGACUUCCGUAAACCCAGAACCAAUUUCAAAUUCUAGAAUAACUAAAUUUAGCCAAAUUAGUGCUGCUCAAUAACCUUUAAUAGUAUGGUGAUCUAAAGGAUCUAAAACAGUGGGUAGAGUCAGAACUGAUUUAAUUUCUUUUCUAUACAUCACAUGGAAAGACAUAAAUUCUACUAAGACAAAAAUCAAGGCAAUAACCCUCUGUAUGAAAUAUUUCUAUAUAAAACUAUAUACAUCGAAAACCUACAGAAAUGGUUGUUGUGAAAGUGCAUUGUUAAAAACCCUCCUAUAGAACAGACCUUUUCAGUUUUGUGUUGCAGAGACCAGGCCAGCAUGGGCAGUGGGGAGAAAGGGGAGUGUGUAACCGGACAUUGUGAUAGGACUAAUUAAAUGUGUCAUACUAUGAAACCUGAUAUUGCCCGUUAUUCUGUAAUAGAAAAGCAAUUCUAUAUAGUGAUACAUUUUACAAUAUUAUCCAAAUUAAUAAUAAUUGUAAUUAGACUAGGUGGUAUCUCUUUAUGAAAAAAUACUUUUCUAUUUCUCUAGUUAGAGGAAGUCUCCAGUAUUACAAAUGAAAUAACACGGGAGUGUUAGUAAAUGUCUUGGGCGUCCACCUGUAAAAUAAACGAAUUUUAAUGCAACAGUGAUACUGUUUCCUAACAGUAGAUCGCCCGUGCUGAUGCCGAGUUACAAAUAACAUGUAGAUGUUUUAUCUGCCUUACAGGUCUGAUCAGUGUAUGAUUUAUUGCCUUUAGGACGGGGAGUCUUUGUUCAGUUGAUCAUGUUUUAUUUUUUUUUAUGAUUUCUGUAAUUGGACAGUGCUAUAUUUGAGCCCUGAUCCAGCUGUGUUGAUAUAAUAUGUUUGUAUCACAGGGAAAGUGAAUUCUCUCCGGCAAUACGACAACAGAUCUUCCUCCUAUACAACAAUCGACAAAAAAGACACUUCUUUAAAGUACCCCCACCAUGGGAAUAACAGGUAAACCCGGUUCUAGUCCUCAUAUUACACAUAUAUUAUGUGUUUAUUGAAUGUUUGUGUUUUCUUUUUUCUUUUUUUGUUUUUUUUUUUGUAAUCUCUAAAUACUUUUUGUUCAAUAAUUUUGGUUGCGCUUCAAUCAUCCAGAGUUCAAAAUUUGUUAUGGAAACUGGCUAGUGGGGUGCUGGCCUAGGGGAGAGAGAGUCAGAUUGUCUUAUCUUACACUUUCUGAUUCUUGGAGGCCUCAGGAUGAGGUAAGGACUGAAUCCAUCUGCAAAGAGCUAGCAUGGCUCCCUCAUGGCCAGUGUUGUAAUGAUGCAUGAUAUCAAUCAUAUAAAUAUAGGGUAAAAUAACAUAAAAACUGUGGAGGGAGAGUGACAAGUGCUGGAAGAAGAGUGGAUUUGGACAUUGGAAAGGAGUGGGCACAUUGCAGAGGAUUGAGUGGAACUGAUAGAGAGAGGUUUCAAUGAACGAAAUGAAAAGAUACAGUAGAUUCGUACUUAUUCUGUAAUCACAUUAUUAUGAAAACCAGAAGCAGAGCAGUCAUAAGAAGGGCCUAGGUCAAUGUCAAACAUUUAAAAUGACUUGACUGCUUACUGUGGGACAGGGGUUUUCUGGCACCAUAACCACUACAACGCAUUGUAGUUAGAGAGCUUCUUUAAUCUGAUGGCUGAGGACACUAUUUGGUUCUUUUUUGGUUCUUAUGCCAAAUACAGUGAAAGGUGGUUACAUUUAUUUUUAUAUAUUAUUGACCUGCUCACAAACUACUCUUAGAGGGAACACUUCUGAGAGUUUACUGGUAUAACACUCAUAAUAAUAUAAUUAAAGGGAACACGAACACUGCCUUGGAGAUUAUAAGAUUACCUUUAAGUAUACUGAUAGCUGAUUCUGUAGAUAGCAGACAGUCUCAUUAGAACCACUUUAACUGAACAGACUGGCAUCAUAAGCUUAAAUUCAUGCACUCAUUAUUUCCCAACUUGACUAUUGCAACUCACUACUCACUGGCCAAUACUUGCAUUGCCCCUCUUCAGUUUGUACCGAAUGCUGUUACCAGGCUUAUCUUCCUGACUGACCGCUAUUCCCACACCUCAGCCCUUUGUAAAUCAUUACAUCUGCUUCCUGUCCCCUUCUGGAUCCAAUUCAAACUGCUAACACUAACCUACAAAGCACUCACUAACUCCACUCCUCACUUCAAUGCCUCUUUCCUCAACAAAUACAUCCUUAACUCUGCAAGCGACCUCCUGACAUCUGCUCGUCGGCGCACUGCCAGCUGCCAUUUGCAGGAUUUUUCAAGGGCUUUCCCGUUCCUUUGGAAUUCGCUACCCCGUGCCAUCCGAUUCUCUUCUAGCCUUCAGUGCUUUAAGAAGUCACUGAUAACACACCUUUGUAGGAAAGCUUACCGUCUUCCUGUGUGACUCUUCUCACGUUUCACUGCCCUUAUCAGUUCCCUCACCUCCAUAGCCCAGCUCACUCUUUCCUGCCACUUUCACCAUUCUAUCCAUUAAUUCCAGCCCCCUGCUGUGAUUUCUCUGUGCCUUCCUCAAAGACUGUAAGCUCAUUAGAGCACUGCCUUCUCCGCCUCUUGUUUCUGUUAUAUUGUGUAUGUCAAUUACUUGCCAAAUCUCCUUAUUUUAUAAUUGCAAAUCACUGCAGAAUCUAAUGGCGCUAAGCAUAUGCUAAUAAUAAAAAUAAUAAUGAUUAAUUGAUGCCAUUAUUGUGGUUAUUUUAUUAUCAACCCAUUUAAAGUAAAACUGCCCUACCGUUACUAAUACAUCUAACCACACAUUGUAAGUUCAGCUGUAAUUACCACUUGAAAUCUAGCAUUUUGUUUUGGAUAGAGUUGUCCAUCUUGAAGUUCAAUUUCAGUUUUCUAACCAUCAGCAAUUUACUGAUUACAAUGAAAAAGUGAGGUCUCCAUGGCUUCAGAUGUUUGAAAAUGAGUCAUUUGGUGCGUUAAAAUGGACGCUCCCUCACCUUGGGAAGCAGUGAUUGAUGGCUGGAAACCAGAUACUUCUCCACCCUUCAUAUUGAAAUCAUAUGAGCUCCUGAUCAGAUAAAAGGACACGCACCUUAGAAUGUAUAUUCUGUGAUAUUACGAUCAAAACUCACAAUUUCAGAUUGAAUUACUAGCUGAAACCACAGCACAUCAUAUUCAACUUGAAAUCUCUCCUAACUGAACUGAACUGAAUUUCUCAUAUCAGUCUUUUUCCUUCUGAACCCCUGUAGAAUUGUUUAUCCUCAUUGAUUGGUCCUGUGGGUGCAUGCGGCUGUUCAGUAAUUUAAUUUGCUUGAAUCACUAUGUACAUUAUAUAUUGCAUGCUGGGUCAUAUCAAGUUCAAUUUAGUUUUUGAGUCUCGUCCAAGUAACUGUUAAGAUCGUGUUCCCUUGUGAUAAUAUGAGUUGCAUUUAGAAGGCACUUAACAUAUUCCUCGCAGGUUUCAUUACUUUUCUGUUUGUUCAUGCACAUUGUGUAAUGUUUGCUCUCUCCAUCUGCCUAUUCAUUUUGUAAUGAUUGAUGGCAUUGGCUUUUAAUGUUUCCAUUAAGUCCGGGAGCCCUGAAAUGAGGUUUGUUAUAUAUGACAACCUCACACGGCAGUAUAAAAUGCUGAAAUAGACUAAUCUGGCAGGUUUCUGUUAGAAAGGAGCUCCGUGGCCUAAUAUACAAUAUAAUAAGAGGCAAUCUCUUUCCCCAGUGUGACAGCAGAACAGGUAACGCAAUAUCUAGACGCUUGCGCCAUUUUAUAUAGGGUUAGUUUGCUUUAUUACCCCAUUUGUCACAUCCUUUAUAGAUCAUUGUUUUAACUACACAACAUAAAGAAUUUGAUUACAAAAAUGUGUGUAUGUGAGUGUAUCACAGCUAGGACUUGCUGUAGUUUAAUUAUGCCAGUCCUGGUAUCCAUGACGACCAAUAGUACUAUCAAUUCUACUUGAGUGAGUAAAUACAAGAUUUGAGGAACUGGCCUCUGUCCAAGUCCAUGAACCCAGGAGAAGCAUUGAUUUGUUGGCACGUUUAGUAAGUUGUCUGGGCGACUCACUUUUAAUAGAUUCCUUUUCUAUUCUUGUUCUCCUGUCUUCCAGCUAGAAUGCUUGCAGUGAUAAGACAGCAACUAACUGAGAUUCUCCUGAGUAUUGAAACACAAAACAUAAUGUAGAAAUGUUCAUAUCGUUCAUAUCACAUUGUGUGGGAAGUGAUAGAAGCCCCGGUGGAAAGGCUGAACGCCUGUGGGACUCGUAUUCACAUGAUUUGGGUUAGCCUUGCUUGACAUGUAUACAUGUGCAAUAACUAUAUGGAAAAAGAAGGCUGAUUCCGUCAUUUCCUAAAAAUGACCAGCUGUUUGGGAUUGUUUUUAGAUAUUACGUCUAGGUGUGUUUGUAGAGGAAUAUAGGAUGAUCAGCCAUAAAUUACAAGUAUCCAAGAACGUAUAUCAUAAACCCUUCUACUGCCGUCUCCACUGCAUAAUAAUUCAUAAUUAUCAGCUCGGCUGCAUUUAACAUAAUCAGGGAGAUUCCAUUUAUAAACUUACAGUUCCUUCCAUCAGCCAGCUUCAGAGCCUGCGGAAGUUACAGUAAUUCAUUAUUUAUACUUUCUUGUUUUUACAGUUUCAUCCUUGAACCAGUCACCUCUUCCAAAAGCCAUUAUGGCAGCGGAUAUCCUACCACUGAACCUGCUUUGCGGAAAGCUAGCGAGGUUCUCUACGACCUGGGCUCAUUAAAGAAGGAAAUGCAUGGCAUUAUUCAGGUAAGACGUCGCUUAUGGAAUUUAUGGCAGUGCAUCAUUGGAUAUAUCAGAAGUACUUCAAAUCAUCAUCAAGGAUGGAUGGAGGUUACAUAGUUAUCAUGUGGAACCAUGCGAGUAACCAGCCAACUGGGCCCACCUUUUUAGGGGGAAAUCAAGGCUGAAAUGAAGCUGUUGUUUUUGUUAAGGUAUUAUAAAGGUAAAACACUAAAACCUAUGCAACAAUGAAACCAUUGUAUUCAGUGUCAACAUUAAACUUUACCCACUAAAUUCUGGCAUUGUGCUUUCCUAUAUCAUUGCCGAAAUCGCGAUUGAGGUUAAUGGGAUUCCUUGAAACCUCACACAAAUUUGCUGAUUUCUCUAACCUGUGAAAUGUUUGCUAAUUAGGGACUCUCUCAGAUAAAUACUUGAUUUUCAUAAUAGUUUGAGAUGGAACUUCCAUACCAGAGGGCAAUUUUAUGUGUUUUUCUUAAAUUUUGCAUCUUUUUUUUUUCUAGGAAGCCAAACAGUGGAGAUCACAAGUGGAUGAAUUAAAGGUAUAUCCAUUAUUCCCUUUCUGAGUAAAACAGCCAUUAAUGCUAUUUACUCUAUUUGUUUACUAUGGACUCUCACCUUUAAAGGGAUACUAUAGGCAACAAAACAACUUUAUCUUAAUGAAGCCAUUUUCGUGUAUACAUCAUAACCCUUAAUGACUUGCACAUCUGUCCUGAACACUUCCUGUAAAGGGGGAUCUAAAGAUUAUACGACCAUUAUUGCAAAUUCUGUUUAAUGUAGAAUUUCUCAUCUCCUGCUCUGUAAAAUUCUGUUCAGUUUACAGAGCAGGAGAACCUUCUAAAGCAAGUUCACAUCUGAUUGAAAGGGAGGUGUGACGAGGGCUGCAUAAAAAAGUGAUUUAACUCCUAAAUGGCAAAGAAUUGAGCUGUGAGACUGGAGGGGCCUAAUCUAUGCACCAUAACUGCUUCAUUAAGCUAAAGUUGUUAUAAUGUUCUUAUUGUCCCUUUAAUCAAUGAAUUCUCAUGGAAGCUGCUGUCCCUUGAACCCACGAUAGCCCUGGGCAAUAAUAGUUUAACUUCUAAAAUGCCAGAAAAGAUAAUCUGGAAGUGUAGGUGCAAAUAGAGAAAAGGAUUUACAAUGUGCUUGGUGUGUACGCAAUUCUCCUUAACAACAAAUAAUGUACAUAAUUCAACUCUAUGGAACUAGUUUUUUGUUUUUUUUUACUAGCCUGUAAAUAUCUAUAUUUCUAUUUUCUACGUUUAAAAUACUUUAAUUGUACUGUUACAUCUAGCUUUGUUUGUUCAUUGAUCUUUAGCCCACAGCUAGGCCCACCACGCCAUGUCUCUCCAGUGCCGUUGAGAAGCCCCAGUCUUGUUUGCUGAAGACGGCCAAUCCUCCCAAGUCCAAGUUUGAAGAUGCCGAGCGCAUCUUAAAGGAUGUGCGGUAUAGUAAGAAGGUCCUUGAAGACAAUUUGGAAGCUAUAAUCCGAGCUAAAGAUGGAGCUGCUGUGUACUCCUUGAUCUCUGCUCUCACUACAGACAGGUAGGUAGUGUUUAUUGCAGAAGCCACAGCGUUCUCUUAAAGGACCACUAUAGGCACCCAGACCACUUGAGCUCAAUGAAGUGGUCUGGGUGCCAGGUCCAUCUAGGGUUAACCCUGCAGCUGUAAACAUAGCAGUUUCAGAGAACCUGCUAUGUUUACAAAUGGGUUAAUCCAGCCUCUAUUGACAGCUACUAGAGGCGCUUCCGCGCUUCUCACUGUGAUUUUCACUGUGAUAAGACGCCAGAGUCCAUAGGAAAGCAUUGAGAAAUAUAAAUAUAAACCUAUUGCCACUAUAGUGGUCCUUAAAUACUUGUUCAGGGAGCACGAACAAAUGAUCUGUGCUCUUCUUCUCUUUUUAAGAAUUAGGCCACUUGCAGUACCACCUAUGGCCUUUUGGGGGGGCAUUUGACAUAUAAUUCCUAUGGCUGCAUGCUCUCAUUGGUGCUUGUGGGGGAAUUCUAUAAAGUCUGCCUUAAUACCGGUUAAUAGAAUGUGUCUAAUAGAAUAUUUUAUUUAAAUGUCAGUUAAAUGCCAGCAAAUAUUCAAUGGUUGAUAACUGGUGAAGUGUUGUGAAUAGGGGAAAUUGGAUUCUAUCAUUGGGAACCCCUCUGAAGAGUCACUAAGAUUCACGUGUUUCAUAGACCUGUUACUAUUAUAUAGGCAGCUUGAAAUGAACGACACCUGUUCCAUAGAUUGAUUAAUUAUUCUCCGAAUUUUAUUUUAUUUGCUUAUUAAAUCCAAAUGGAAUAACUUAGGUGGAAAAAGCUGAUUUCAGCCAUCAUCACAACUUGGCAACUUUUGCCUCUGUUUUGCCCUUUGGAUCGAAUUUGUGAAACUCCUAGUUUAGUGCAUAAUCCUCACAGUAAUCUUACAGGUUGGUGGUUGUAUGGCCUCCAGAUUGCAUUAGAUCAGUAAUAAGAUUCCAUUACUAACGUCCAUGUGUAGAUUGCUGGUUACAUGCCCUCAUUGUUAAAGGUUAAUAUUAACAUUAUGUUCUUUCAGUAAUGGCGCAGAGAAAAUUCGCAUUCAGAAAGAUGUGGAUUUGUGGAUUUCUAAAAUGAACUCUGAGAUUCAGGUACGUUAAUGGUAAACUUUAUGCUCCUCAACAAAAAAUGCAGGAAACUUUAAAAACUGACAGAGGGUAGUAUAAAUUGAAUUUAAAUUCAUGAAUUGUUUAUAAUUUAUCUCCCUGGCUUACAGCUUGUAUAUAGCUUAAAAAUGGGGCAACCAACUUUUAGAAAAGAAAAUGGGAAGCUCGAAAAAGUAAGGACAUUGAGGAACACUACAUUCUAAUCCAUUGAACUACCUAAAGGGACAGUCUAGAUGGGAUGAAAAGUCAUUCACUACGAAGUGGUUUGCAGAAAAACCUAACCAAACCAGGAAGUCACAAGACCUGUUGUCCGUUGACAGUUGGAGUAACCAGGUUAAUUUACAAAAGUGUAAAUUUCUACUGAAAUCACAACUUUUUGCAAAAUGAAAAAAUAGGACACACUCUUCACAUAUAAAGCAAUCCAGCAAGCUAAAGUGCUUUAGGAGUCUGGAGGGUCCCUUUAAUAUUCAUUACAUUAAUGAACAGAUGACUAUGAAAAUUAAAGGGACACUAUAGUCACCAGAACAACUGCAACUUAAUGUAGUUUUUCUGGUGAGUAUAAAAAGUCCUUGCAGGCACUUGCAUGUAAAUCCAAUGCUUUCCCUGAGGGAAAGCAUUGGGUUGGUUAAAAAUCUGCAAUUCUGUAGAGUCAGGCAUACAUGUUUGUGUUCCUGACCCUAUAGUGUUCCUUUAAAAUACAAAUCUGAUAAACACAAGAAAUAUACUUUUAUAAAGUUCUGUAUAAUGGUCAUAGCAUGGUGGUGUCUACAUGCUUUUAAUAUUAGGACAAUAAAAUGUGAUAAUGCUUUUCAAAAGACUAAAACCUCCCUAACAAUCCCUUGCUGUUAAUUUGCUUUUUAUUGCAAUCACAAAUCAUCGGUUUAUUUUAGAUUUAUUGUUUUCCAAAAGAAGAUCUAGAAAAAGAAUCAUAUUAUUAAUAAAUUCUAGCAAUGGAACAGGAUCCGCACUUAGCAGUUCAGCUCUAUCCUGUCUGAUGGAUGGGGGUUACUACGGUGACUGGAUGAUUAAAGGGGAUUUGUCAUUACUCUAAAAUUUUACAUCUUUGGACAAAACAUUGAAAACCACCUGUAACUUGCAUUGAGAAUUUUCUUUUUUUCUCAUGAGAUGCUCGGUUUUAUUUUAAAUUUAUUUUAAAAAAAUUGCAGAUUAUGCCAUAAUACAGUUCAGACAAGGAACAGCCAGGGCACACAUUGCUAAUGAAGAGAAGAAAUAGAAACACUGCUUCAUUUCUCGUCUCCUCUGUUUGCUCUCUCUACAUACUGACUGCCAGGUGUAAAGGGUGGAGCUUAUAACAAUGAUUGACAGGGAGCUAAGAUGGAGGUGGCUCUCUCUAUACUGACUGCCAGGUGUAAAGGGCGGAGCUUAUAACAAUGAUUGACAGGGAGCUAAGAUGGAGGUGGCUCUCUAUACUGACUGCCAGGUGUAAAGGACGGAGCUUAUAAACAAUGAUUGACAGGGAGCUAAGAUGGAGGUGGCUCUCUAUACUGACUGCCAGGUGUAAAGGACGGAGCUUAUAAACAAUGAUUGACAGGGAGCUAAGAUGGAGGUGGCUCUCUCUAUACUGACUGCCAGGUGUAAAGGGCGGAGCUUAUAACAAUGAUUGACAGGGAGCUAAGAUGGAGGCGACCAGUUGCAGGAUAAACAGGUGUGGAAUUGUAUAUUUAAUUUAAGCAAAUAUUUCACAAUUGAUUGCAACUCAUCGAUAUUCAUUCAGAAGAGAAUUGCUACUUUGAGGCUAAAAUCUAGAAACAAACAUUACGCUGUUUCUCAAGUAUGGCACAGAGUGUAUGUAGUAAGAACAGUUUAUCUCUCAAUUAAAAAGUCUUUGGCAAUAACCGUGUCGAUUUUUUUUCUUAACAUAUUGUACAAUAUUGAUCAUUUCACAGGAUGAAUUAACAACGAAGGACUCUGGGAAGAAGUUGGCAGAUCACAGAUUUCAUGAGAUGGCUCAGAGAAGAAAAGUAGGGAGUGCGAGUGACUUGAAGAACAUCAAAGGUCCAGGAAAAACUUCAUCAAAGACUAUAAAGCCUUCAGCUGAAGCCCCAGCCAAGUCUCAACACAAGCUAAGUGGGGAGAGGUUCCCAGGACAGCAUCGCAAGAAUGAUGUGUUUUCCCAAGUCUUGCUGAAGAAAGAUGGAAGGUCAAAGGUUAGCUCCUGUGAGGCUUAAUGAUUGAAGUGUUUUUAUUUUUACAAAUGGUGCUUCUCUUCUAACCAAUGUUUUCUCUCACAAUAUCAAGGCCUGCUAAACACAAUGCUUCUUUGAUGGUAAAUGCAGUCUCCUUGAUUAAAAAAAAAAUAUCACACAGAGGGGUUUUUAAGCCUCUUGUAGAGCCAUAGUUAGACACUCUUACUCCAGUAAAAGGCAUUUGAGGCUCUGACAAACUGUACUAUAACGAUUUAUGUUUUGUAUAUUCAGUGCAUAUAGCUACAAGUACAUAUUUCUUCAACUUCUAUUGUAUUUCUUAGAAAUAAUACAGGAAAAAAGGGAAUUGGGGGCACAUCCGGAACAUGCAUGCAGAUUAAGGAAGCGCAAACACAUACAGUUUCAAAUUUCAUAACGCUACUUAAAAUCACCAAAAUCUCGACAAACAAAUAUGGGUAUUCAGUUCCACCAUACAGGCGUAUUGUGUAUUUCCCAGCACCCCAAUAUCGAUGGGUCCUACACUAAUUCCACGGGAGAUAAAUUAAAUAUUGCUACAUGAACUAAAGUGUAUUUAAAUAAUCUCUUUGUGUAUUGUGAAUAUAUAUAAUGCAAAAUUAAUGUGAUAAACACAAUACAAAAGAAUGCAGUGUCAAAACUAAACAAUUAAAUUGCACAUACACGAUAUGCAUUGUGAUAUACUCACAAAGUAUCUCAUGUAUCUAGAAAUACUGUUUUUUUGGUUUUUUUUUAAUAAAAUGUGAAGUUUCACAUAAAUAUUCAAUCUAUCCAUCUCCUCUGGCAUAAUUCCUUCACCUUUCAAGCAUGCAACCAUCGCCCUGAUUCUAAAAAUGCCCAACCUUGACCCUAACUCUCCACCCAACUACCGGCCUGUCUCCAAGAUCCUGGAAAGAGUUGUGAACACUAGUCUGACCGACUUCUUUAAUUCCAACUCUCUGCUUGACCCACUUCUGUCAGGAUUCUGCGUUGAUACUCUGUCUAAACUGUCCUGACAAGAGUAUACAUAUAUGGUUUAAUUGUUGUGUUGCUAAAUGCAGUGGUUGCUACUCUCUCCUAAUUCUCCUUGACCUUUCUGCCGCUUUCCAACAACUUCUUCUCAUCCUCUGUAACCUCAAUCUACGAAACUACUCCCUUUACUGGUUCUCCUCUCCCAGCACUCUUUCAUUGUUUCUUUUUCUGGCUUUUCCUGUCCUCCACAAUCCCUCUUUAUUAGAGUGUUUCUACUCCCAUAUCUGUCUCCCUCCAAGUCAAUGGUGCUACCAAUCGCUCUAACCUGCAGACUCGAUGCCUCGAUGUUCUCUUGGACAGCAAACUCUCCUACAACCCUCAAGUCCAGUCACUUUCCAAAUCUUUCCACUUCUAUCUAAAAAAAAUAGCUUGUAUCCGCCCGAUCUAAGGACUGUUGUGUCCAAAGUGCCACUGUCAUCUCUUGCCUUGAUUAUUGCAAUCUGCUUCUCAGUGGUCUUACAUGUUUCCUGCUGGUCUCGUUACAGUCCAUAGUGAAUACGACGACGAGUCUUAUCUCCCUUGCCUCCCCCUCUGUCAGCCCUUACACUGACUUCCCGCAAGAUAUAGAGCUCAAUUUUAAAUUCUGGUGUUUGCUUACAAAUCGCUGCACACUACUGUUCCUACCUACCUAUCUUCACUGAUAGACAACUAUGUCCCGUGCAGACCCCUACGCUCUGCCGAAGAUCUGCAUCUAAUGUCUGUUACUAGCUUUCCGUCCUCGCACCUCGGUAACCCACCUUGCUUCCUCUCUUUCAACUGUGUCAUCCAAUAAAAAAUAAAAUUCUAUUUUCCACUUAUUAAGCCAUUUUUUUUUUUAAUUUGCCGCGUCCCUAUCGGACAUUUGGUCCACGAAAUGAAGGUGGGCGUUCUCACUCUUUGCAUGAGGACAUUCAGCAUCCGCUAAAGCCCCAUAGGGAAGCAUUGAUUCAGUGCUUUCCUAUGGGGAAGUCCUAGUGUGAAUGCAGCACUCACUAUGCAUGCGCAUUAGGUCCCCCACCGGCUAAACUUCGACAGGAGAGGAAUGGAAGCACAACCUGGCCCAGUGCCUAGGGACAUUGGCGCUGGAAUUAGCUAAGUGACAAAAUGGUUUUCAACCCUUUCAUCUCACUGGGCAAAGGCUGCGCGAGGGAGGGGGGCUCUUUAGGGUGCUAGCAAAACAACUUUGUGUUCCUUACACUAUAAUUUCCCUUUAAUAACAUCCAUCCAACCUGGUGACAACCAUUUUCACCUUUCUGUAAAGGUAUAACUGUCAGUGAAGAUUUAUGUGCCUAAUUUUGGCACUGAAAUCGUCCAAUAUUUUGUAAUCUAUUAAUCAUCUCUUAAUUGUAUUGUCCCAGGGUACAGAACAAUUAUACAGCUUUAUUUCUAAGAUAUAACUUGUAGCUCACACAUCUCUGUCAAACCAGAGGCAAGUUAAUGAUUUCAAUAAGAUAUUUUUGUAUUAUUAAUGUUGGAGAUUUUUGUACAGGGUGUUUGGUUUUCUUUUGUUUUUUUGUUUUGAACCGAAAUUGAACAAUCUUACAGCUGUUCAAGCAAGAACAGUUCUCAUUUUAGUUCUCCAAAAAUGUAAAUAAAUAUCAGUCGCUAUAUGUAAAAAAACAAACAAAAUAAAAACAGGGGUUAUAGAAGUGACAUGUUUUUUGUAUUGAAUGUAGGAAUUCUGUUUUUCAGUAAUUUUAAAAUGUUGUCCUACUUAUCAGUUAUGUUAAGUGUACAUUUUGAAGAUGUUUCAAUUUGUGAGAUUUGUUUUGAUCUUUACACCUCAAACUAAAUCCGUGUUCUUUGCAGACAUAUCUGAAGGAUACAUUAGAAGCUAAUUUAUGUCUUGAUUACAUAGGAAUCUAAUGAGUCUGCUCUACUGAAUGAAGACGCUUUAGACCAAAUUUAUGGGAAGCCUCGUUACCAAGGGCACCGCAGCACUUUGAAGAAGGGACCGUACCUUCGUUUCACCUCCCCUUCCCCCAAAUCUAAACCCCAAAGGCCUAAAGUUGUGGAGACUGUACGAGGUUAGUACAUAAUUAUAAGCUUAAUGUUUUAUUAGCGUAUUAUUUUUCACUUGGUAGGAGAAACUCAUCAACACAUAUAAAACCACGAAAGGUAUCCCAUGACAGGUCAAAUUUGGAAUUAGUUUUAUUUUAAUGAAGUUUGCUUAUUUAAUGGAAUUUAAGUUGUUGUUUUUUAAAAAACUCUUGCCUAACUUGUCUGCUGCUGCAGUUUCACACAGAAAUAUCACAGCAGUUAGGCAAGUUAGGUAACCUCAGUUGGUCAGUUUCAUGACACUAAAUGACCCAACACACAGUGUCUGGCAAGUAAAACACAGGUUAAAUUAAUCUCUUGUGAAAUAUGCGUAUUACCAGGCCUUAGAGUGACUGGAUUUAACGUAAAUAUUGAAUGAUCAGAGACAAUUCAAGGUCAGGGUUACAGAAUGAGACAAGUACAAGAACACAGGUCCGUAGGUCAAGGAUUACAGAAAGAAUAGUCCAUAGCAAGGUCAGAAUAGCCAAAUAGAGUUUCAAGCUAAACGCACCCUCGGAUAACCAGUAAAUGGAAUCCAGAACAGGGCAUAGAAGAACAUUUAUCAACUGGUUGCAACUGGCUCCGCCUCCAUGACUUAGAUCAUCAGUCUGGAUGAUCUCAGCAAAUCCAAUGCUUUCCCAUAGGACAGCAUUGGGAAGCUAUUGCACAUGUGCAGCAAAACACGGCCAUGCACCAAUCAGCACCUCUUUCUUAUAGAGAUGUAAUUAAUCAAUGUAUCUCUAUGGGGAGCGUAGAGACUCUGAACGUAGAAAACACCUAUAGUGGCCAUCAAUGUGAAUGCCACUAGCCAGCAAUGUAAACAUUUUCUCUGAAGUUACAGUGUUUACAGUGAUAAGCCUGCAAUGACAGGCUAUAGACACCAGAACCACUACAUUAAGCUGUAUUCUAAUACAUUAAGCUAUAUACUGUACAUUAAGCUGUAUUCUAAUCCAUUAAGCUAUAUACUGUACUUUAAGCUGUAGUGGUUCUGAUGACUACGGUGUCCCUCUAGUUUUAUUAAAUGUCAUAAACUUUUAAAAAAUGAGAAGUGAAAAUUUUAUGACAUUUGUCCUUUAAUCCAGCAGCCGGAUUGACGGUUCUGAUGGCCUGUCUUAGAGCUGUGUAAUUUCUGUUUUUCUUCUUUUCAUUCUGACACUCGCACAGCAUCCAUCAGACUAUGUCUUCAUAAAUCCAAACUCUGGCUUUAUCUCAUUAGUUUUAUACUUAGUAAUGUGAAUUCUACAUUACAUUGCUUUCCAGGCGUUAAACAGAAGUCAGCAAAGGUUCAGACGGGCUUUGAUGAAUAUGCGACAUCCAUCAUAAAGUCAAAAAUACGUGAUCUGCAUGCACCAAGCCAGUAUGAGCCACAAUACCUGUUUAAUCCCAAAAGGGAGGCUUUGGAUGUGAAUACUACACUUGAAGGACAUCUCAUCCCCAUGGCUAUUCCACUAGGUAUGUACACUGGCUGUGUGAUUUGUGAAACCUGCCUUUUUAUAUGGCUGAGAUUCUCAAAAUCCAUCAGCAUGGCCAAAGAUUUCACUCAUGUAAGCAGAUUUGUUGAUAUUCCAGAACUGUUUUCUGAUCCUCCAAAAUGAUUAGAAUUCUUUCCUGUAUUACGUCAAGGCUCUAAACACAUGCCUUUUUCAAGAGAUCACCAUUUCUUUGUUCUGCUACUUUUAGUAAUACGUUAUUGAGACUCCUGCGUAACUGCUGCAUCUGCUGCGGCGAAAUUGGGGUUCCAGCCACUAGAUGUCGCUACAGUCACUCUCCUUUUUUCUUGGUCAACUGAUUUGUUCAAAUGUCACCUCAUAUGACUCUGUUAUGAGAUCUGGUCCUGCAUGUAAAGCCCUUCAAGUAGUAACUAAACCACAGACAGUAUAGGUAGAAUGAACAAAUAUAGUUUAAUUUCAAUGAUUUGACACAUUUAGGGGUUGACUGCACAGUGGUCUUCCACAUAGCCCAUCAAUAUGUCCAUUAUCUGAAAUGACUCAGCCUGGCAGUAAGCUAAUUCUCUAUUCAAGGGGGGAUUUCUUACUAAGCAGUUAUGCACUUGUCCUAGAGCCUUUAGUUUUUUAAUCCCCAAAUAAGUCAAUUAAGCUGAUCUGAAUUUCAUCUAUUCUCUUUAUUUGCAUUAUAUUCUCAUUGUGAUCUGUGCGGUUAUAAAGUAAUAUGUGUGCAUUGCAUGUAUUUUUACAAUUUGUUUAUGGUUCCAGGGAGAACACAAUCAGGUGGGGCAGCUCCAGUGCCCAUCAGCGUUCUUAUCACACAAUCUCAACCAACAACGGUCACUGUCUCCAUUCCUCCAUCUUCUCCAAAACUGAAACAGAAAGCCACUAAACCUAACAUAGCAGUGGUCGAAAUGAGAUCGGAGAAGAGGGAUCCCCCAAAACUUACUGUAGAGGUGCACAACAGAUUUCUUUUUCUCCUUUUGCUAUUUGCCCCUAUAACUAGACUCCUGCAGUGUGGUCAUCUAAAGUGACCCGUGACAGCUGUUUGUCAGUUUUUGAUGUGCAAAGCCUUAAACCAUCUUUAUUCCCUCACCCGUGUAUUUACUUUGCCUCUAAACCCACUGUAAAUGCUGUAGAACAUGUUAACAGAUUAUCUGAUUGGCCCUUUGGGGUUUGACUUUAUGGGGAUAAAACAGUUUUCUCAAUUAUUCAAAUGAAUAAUUUGAUCCCACAUUUUUUCUGUUUAUUUACGGUGUUCUCUGUUUUGUGCCCUGUUUAGGUGUUACCCUGUGUUGAUAUAGACAGCAUAGCAAGUGACAGCACAGAUGUGAGCCAAAGCACCGCCGGCACUUCCCCACCUCCACCUGCACAGCCUGAUAUACAGGUAUGGAUGUAACAAAGUGCUCUGCAGAUAUGUCUCGUCUGUUUCUAUAAUGGGUAUAUCACUCAUGCUGUAUGAUGUGUGGAACUACUGCGGCUGGGAAAUAAACUACUUGUUCCAUAAAUUCCUGAUACAAUCAGAUCCCAGAAAGGAUGAGGGCAUCCUGAUUGGUGCUACAGCUUUAGAACUUUUUUAAUGUAAGUGUUUUUUUGUGCUUAAUUGUUUCAACAUUUUAUCUAUAUAAUAAAAUAAAACAAAGAUCAGUUCCUGCCAGCUGUGUGAAGUGUUGGGGAAAGGGUUAAUUCCAUCACAGUCAUUAUGCCUCCUAUUACAUGUAGUACUGCUGAAUUAUUCAUUCCCUAACACACAAACAGAACAGCCUGCACCAGCCUCUGGUUUCCCAGGGUAAUUUAUUCAUUCUUCAUUUAUGCUUUGGCAACUUUUCAGUAACAUCAUCAAACCUUACAUGCCUUUAAGUAAUGGAAAACAUCUGUGUCUUGUGAUAAAACAGCCCGUUACCAUAACAUUGGACAACAGAUUAUAUUGCAGAAUGAGGCCAUACUUGAUUAAAACAGGAGGAGCUUGGAAAUCUCGUAACAUUUUACAGCCUUGGAUAAUUUAAACUAUAUUUUAUUAUCUUCUGAAUAAUGUGAAAUUGUAUGUAGCAUGCAGAUCAUCAUGAUCUUACAAUGUAGCUUUUCUUUAAAGGGAUAUGUCAACAUUACACUGACAACCUAAGCUGAUGCCUUUGUGCGUAAUUUUUUUUUAUAUGCUUUAUUUAUUAAUCUAAUUAUAUAUUAAUCAGCGUUUUUGUUUUGUUUCAUUUUACAUUUCAAUUAGCCCUUCAUCUAAGUUGAUCGUACAUGCUAUUGAUAUUUUAAGUGUGUGCGUGCGUGCGUGCGUGACUCUAGUGUGUCUAACUCAUUAAGAACUAAUCUCUGUCUAUACUUGUAGCAGUCUGGGUUGGACAGACCUGUCACUAGCAUGAAAUGAACUCAUUAUUUAGCAUUGGCCAUUCUCCAGAUCACUGCUCUCAUUAAAUGUGGGCAUUGACAGAUUGUCAGGAUAUUAUAGACUGUCUGAUUCGUAGAGGGUAUAACAGCAACAUGGGCAGAUCUUACAGAUAUAAACACGUUCUAAUCCCAAUAUAUCUCUGUAUUUCUUUAAGUUACCGGUUAGUGCUGAAUCUGAAGAAGAAAUCCUUGCAUUUCCUGGCACCUCUUUUGUCCAAGAUCUAGAUAUGGUACAGGUAAUCCUUCUCCCAGAGAAUCCUUCAUUUCUUUUUUCAUUUUAUUUCUAAACGUUUCACAAUGUUUUCUUCCAAUAAUCUCUUGAAUGGUGAAGUGCUUUUUAGAGAAAGUAUAUAAGAAUUCUGCUUACCCAUACUCAUUACAUUUGAUUGGAUGCUUUUUAUUGCUGCAGUAAUCAUACAAUUCCAAGAUGAAAUUCUCAUUUCGCAUGUCUCAUACUGUUGGUAAUUUCAUAUAAAUUGCUAAUGCUUGGUUAGAUGGAAAUACUAUCAGGAAUUUUAUUUAAAACCAUUUAUGUAAAGAUAAAUUUAGGUAUAAAUAUAUUGUGACGGAACGCCGUCACUGAGUACCAUGCCCACAUGUGCCCACCCACUUGUCCAGUUAUAUUGGACCCCCAAGGACUUGGACUGUGGACUCGGGGGUCCAACAGACUUGUUGCAGGCCCAUUGUGGGUCUGGCCACAAGUCUGUUUAUUUCUAUGGGGGAGAUAUGUGAUGGGUGGCCUGAUUUGUUUGGCGUAAGCCACAAGCUUGCAGUGCCAUUUUUGUGACGGUUUUCCAUGUAUCUAGAUAUCGCUGUAUUGGGUACCUGUAUUCUACAUAGAGCAGUGUGUGUGUCUGUAUAUGCAGCUGGGGGUCAACAAAGGGGGGAGGGGGUUUGCUACAUAUAUUAAACGUUUUAUUUAUGUAUUUAUUUAUUAGGACGAGGAGGAAGAGGAUGACACUGCUGAACGGGUGCUGGAACUCGAUGGUUGGACAGACACCCAUCCUCCUCACUACCAUGGCAUUCCCUUCCCACCCCCGGCCCCGGCCCCAGCUCCACAUGUUGUUACAGAUAUCCUGGAUGGGAUUAUAAACAGGAAGGAGACCCUGGAAAACAGACUGGUUAGUUGGUAAGUUCACCCUCCCAUACUCUAUUACAUAGCCGCAAGCUUUGUAUAAUGGAUGAUGCAAAGAAUGAGUUAUUGGAUAUGGUAAAAGUAGGUGAGUUCACAUGAUUGGGGCUUUUGCUAGGGAAUGGCAAUUUGCCUCUCAGCAAACCUCUCAGAAAGCCAUGUGCCAAGUCCUUCCCAUCGGCACUAUAUAAAUGUUGAUAAUAAUGGUCUCUCCCUAAUCUCAUUAUAAAGAAGCUAUUUUUAUUAUUUAGUAAUUUACGAUGUUCCCAGAUGUAUUUGCAGUAGAGGUGCUGAAAUGUUAAAUAAAAUGCUCUCUAUGUGUAUUGCAGGGUGGAACAAGAAAUUAUGGCUCGAAUCAUCAGUGACAUGCAACCGAUGAGAGCUGACACUGUGCCCGAUAUCAGCAGAGAUAGCAGUGUGUCAAUAACUUCUGAUAUUGGUAUGCAUGUGUGCAUUUGUUUUUUAUUGUUUGUUUUUUGUGGGGGGGUUUGGGCGAUAUGUCUGUGCCCUUGUUAGAUGUGUGAUCCCUGUACUUGCCUUGGCCCUACUAAUAUCUGCUCCAGCUGUUCCUGUUUGUUUCCAUCAUUUAACAACUCGUCUGUCCGCGAGCUCAUUCCUACGUGCCUUGAUUAAUUUAAAGAGCGUCUACAACAAACACACUUCUAACCCUAAUCAUAUUAUUACAUUCUUUGCCUUUCAGUGGAGACUGCAGGAGGUGAAGGCUUGCAGUUAUUUGUUGAUGCUGGAAUUCCUGUAGAUUCAGGAUUAGUUCGCAAGCUUGUAGAUGAAGCUCUGGCAGAGAUCAUUGCAGUUAUGCUGGGAGAACGAGAAGCUCGCGGUGCUCCUAAUACACAACCAACCGAACCACCUCGUCAGGUGAUCAUAAUUUAAUGCAUUUUAAGAUGUUUCUAUCAGUCUUCUUGUAUGUUUACAUUUUCAUCCAUUUAAAGGCACCAAACAAGCCUUGCACUCCCAAGAUACAUGUGCAUGCAGCACUCUGCCUUAACACCCCCACCGCAUCGCAAAGCUUGGCUGUGCUUAUAUUUAAAUCAGCAGGGUCCAGUCUUGUUGGACUUUUCUUCCUAACAGCUGACCAAGAAUUCUGGGUGGUGUAGUCCAUCCAUAGCUUGGGGGCUAAUGUUUGGAACCGCUUAUUAGGAGUACGUGCUUGCAGCUCACUCUAGAUAUGCUGGCAUUUAGAGCAGCAGUUUUCAACCCUUUAACCUCAGUUUAUGGUUUAAUUGACUGAGAAUUCUGGGAGGUGUAGUCCGACUAUAAAUAUAGGCUACAGCCGAACUCCUAGCAUUUGAAUACUUGCGUACUUGCUGCUACACUUUGUUUAGAGGUUAGAGUUAUCCAGACCUUGAAGAUAAAUUUCAGAAGAAGCUACAUAAAUUCUCAGUCCGCUAUCUGCUUCCUUUACAUAUAUUAUUGAUAUGUAAUCUGUAAACUGCUAUCGAAUCAAUGUUUUAAAAAAAAAAAAAAUGAAUAUGGUUGUUGUUUUGUCUGUUUUAUUCAGGUAAAUUAUCUAAAUCUCUGCAUUGUGUUGUGUGAGGUACAUUUGGUGAUUAAAUGUUGUUAGAAUUACUUUUCCAAAAUAUUUCUGUCCUAUAUUACCUUUAUUUUUUAUUUGUUAUAUAUAAAUUGGUGAUUUAUUACAACGUAGCUAAUUUUGAAUCUGAAUCUGAGUGUUUUUGUUUAAUAUAUUUUCCAUUUCACUAUAGGUAGAUCACUAUAUUUAUAACCAAUUAUUCUGUGUUCCCAUUGCAGGUCCCAGUAGAGGCUGUGCCUACCCCCCAGUGCACACCACCUGCAUCUCCACCGCUAUCUGUGAGAGAACCGUCUGUGGUGAAAACACCCGUCCUGUCACCACAAACAUCACUAGAAGAGCCAAUAUCUCAAGCUGAAAUCGCUGAAAAUGUUGGUGAGUGACUCAGUAACCAUUUAUUUUUCAUUCUGUACAUAACUCCAUCUCUUUAUUCUUCCCUUCCUCCUUCCCUCUCUUCAUACCCCCUUCAUCCCUUACUCCAUCCCUCGCUUUUUCCAUCCUUCCCUCUCUUCCAUCAUGCCUUCUUCUCUUCCUACAUCUACUUCUCCAUCCCUCGUUUCAUUCCUGCACCCGUCCCUCCAUCCCUUCACUUCUCUGAAACUGAUCAAUCUGUAUACAAACAUUUUCUGGUUCAAAGGGAUAUAUAACUAUCGAUGCAAAAACACUGCAUAUUAUUCAGAAUAUUGCUCUGAUAUUUAUUUAUUUAUUUAUAGGACUACAAAUUGUGAGAAGUCCAAUUCACACUCCUCCGAUUACUCCACCUGUAUCUCCCCCUAGAGUGGUAACUCCAACGCCUCCUGUGUCUGAGGCCAAUGAAGACCAAGCAGACACACACAGACCUGAUCUUACCAACCCUUGGAGCAGUCUAGAACUGCCCUUAGAUGAAGAGAACCCCCAUUCUGUGAAGGAGCAAGUUCAGUAUAAAGACACAGUGUAAGCAGAGACAUAUUGAUAUAUAGCACAAUGAUCUGUUUACUAUGUUCACUGUAUGGUUUUACCAAAUAUUUUUUUUUAUUACUUUGAAAGUGUAAUGACAGUGGCAGAAGAUGAAGAGCCCGGCAGUUUGAUCUCAGAUUCCCCUGAACCAGACAAAUCUCCGAUAUCUCCCAUUCCUCAACCAAGGAGCCCUUCGCCUCCACCCUCACCUAGUUCUGGGCCAUCUACGGUGCAAAGCAGCCUCACUGUCACCAUCACAGACACAGACAGCCUCGAUCGACCCAUCUCAGAGGGUGAAUUCUUGCACAGUUAUGGACAGAUUGCUGCUGCAAGAGGUAAUACAUGCUUAAGAAAUGUUUUACAUUCUUCAAAGUGUAAUGGUUUUAAGUCUGCAUGUUACGGCAGUAAGAUCUAAUUUGGUGCCUUCAUUGUAGACUCAAACUAUAUGUACUGUGAUCUGGACGUUUGGGUGCCUAGGUCCAUUUAAAGGCCCCAUGUCCUGCCUAAAAAAGUGUCCGUUAUAGAUAACCAUGACUUGGUUUUACAAACCUGGUUUUCCUUGAUGCUCAGCUUGUGCUUUGGCUGAUGUCACUAAUCUUUGUUCAUGCAAAUGACUGAGCAUCAUGGGAAAUUAAGUCAACAGCUACUGGUCAGAGGUUAGCCAUCACUGCCCUAUAGCCACGAUACGCCGGCUGGUUUAUGUGAACCGAUUCCUGGCUUCAUUGCUUGGUAGGACAUUGGAAUUCCAUAUGAGGAAAUGUCAAUAUAUCCUUAUAAAAUUGCUCUGUAACAUUGACAUGUGUUUGUUAGGUGUAAUUACCUGCAAACCUUUUACUGAAUUGUCCAGAGUUUAAGGCUUUCUAAUAUUGUACAUCCAUUGUUUCCUGUGCAUGAACUCGUAAUGCAGUCAAUAAAAAGCCAUAAGAAAUAAGCCAUGCCCCAUUAUUGUCCAUUUAGCCACGUUACUCCGAACUUUUGACACCUCAGGCUCUUGCUUGCUAGGGAUUUAAAGGAGAAUCGGAUAUGAGAGAAUUCUAACACUUUACUCCCUAUAAUCUUCUAUUUAUAGCACAAUGGUUAAUACAAAAGUGCAUUUCUGAGUAUCUAGGCAGAACCAGAUGGCUGCAGCAUUAGUAUUGUUUUAUCUCUUUAUUUCUGUUUCAUAGCCUUGGCAGAAGAUGGAUUGCUGGUCCCAAAUCUGUCUGCCAGCUUGUCCAGCACUCUGAGAGAUGCCAACGACAUGGUAAGGAAGAUCUGACAUUUCAGAAAGGUUACACAAGUUCAAUGCCUUUACCUAGGACUUGAGAUAGUUAGUAUGUAUGUAAUAUCAGAUUGUUUAUUUUUAGUAUCCUAUGAAGUAAUAAAUCUGUAUAAAAUCUCUUAUAGUCUCUUAUAAAAUAGUAAAACACGUUGAUUGAUAUAUCUAUAAUAAAUAUACGCUGACUCCUAAGUUAGUCGAGUACUCCUUUACCCUCACAAACUACCAAUCAGAGAAAUAUAUUCGUUUACAGUUACUUGAAGUUUAUCAGCUGUAACUGACAAGUUUGUUUUUCUGCACUCCUAUAAUUCCCCAUUGUCCACACACUUCCUGAUCUAUCUCUUCCCUCAUGUGUGACCCCCCUUAAUGACUGAAUGGCUUGAUGACUAUCCACCUCUCUCUAUGUACUGUGGGUGUUAAUACAUACCAAGCACUAUGCUGUGUAAUGUGGUUCUUAUCGUGUUAUAGUGGGAUGUCGUACUAGGUGUUGUAGGAGUGAACAGAUGUGUACAUUUGCUAUUGGACUGCGGAAUAUAGUGAAUGAUGAUACAUGAAUAAGUAGCAGCACUGGUUAUUUUGUUUAAAUAAAGCAAUAUACACUUAUACAGCUAAUGCAAACCGCUAAUGCUCUUUUUUUGUAGGAGUUUGAUCCUCCCAGCGAGGGGCAAGUAAUCCACAGAGGCCAGAGGGGAGCUCAUCGGGAUCCUGUUCUGUCAGCCCUAUCCAAAUUAAAUCAAGAUCUGGUUUUAGGACAGGCAGUUUUAUACCAUCCCCAGGUAUGUGAUCCCUAACAUAGAUUUAUACAAAAUGAAAUGUGUAUAUUACCUUCCAUACUGAAAUGGUAAUCAAGACAAAUGUUUGCUCAAACCCUUUGGAAGUGGAUAACGUUAACCAUUCUAUUUUCAAGUGCCAUAGCAAGUGAGACUGGAGAUCCUGCUGGCUGGCUGCUUCACACCUGGGAGUUGUUAUGAAAGUCGGAACUUGUUUAAUAAGCCUGAAGGGACAUGCAAUUAACCCUUAAAGCCCUUUAGCAAACUGAAGUGCUUUCGGGGACUGGAGUGUCCCUUUAAAUGUCACUGACUUGCUCCUGGUGUCACCAACUCUCUAGGACUCGGAGGAUGAAGACAGCACUGGAGAGAUCAGCGAAGGCCAAAGACCGCGUUUCACGGUGGCAGCAGAACAGGUUCUGGUGGGACACUCUGCCAUCAGGGGAAGACCUGCUGAUACCGGUCACACUGAUGGAUUUCCAGGACCGCGUCCAUCAUCACCAGGACUCGUCCAAGAGGAACCAGGUAACGUCAUAAAAUGCUUUAAAUCUUAAGAAGCUUGCUCAGCACAGCUAUUCCUUAUCAUGCUCAUAACUUGAAGAUGCAAUCAGCUCAUUGUUUGUUCUAAACCUCCAGCACUUUCUUAUUUCUGUUAGAAUUGACUACUGGACUUGGUAACCAUAUCUUGGAUUUGUCUAAGCAGUGAGCAUGUAUGAAGCAAUGUUUCAGGACCAUUAUUAGCAAAUUAGAGAUUAUUCUAUUUUACAUUUUGUGUUGAUGUGAAGCUCUUUUUCUCUGUGGUAAUAUCCCCUUUGCAGGGCCAUGUUAGGUCAGAUUCUGCUGUUGUCAGACCAACUGCUAUUCAACCUAACUUUCUGCUGCUGUGACUUCACUGUGUGAACCUGCAGCAGCAGCAUGUUAGAUUGAGCGGUGCUUGGUCAGAUAACAACAGAAUCUGACCCAACAUGGCCACUCAGUCAGAUAAAAAGUGACAUUUUUUCAUACAAAACAAUAUACAUUGUUUAAAAUACAUAUCAUUAAGUAUCGUUAAAUGACAUAAACUUAAAAAAAUUUCAAGAAGUAAAAAAUAAUUGUAGUGAUUUUCUUAAACCUAUUCAUAAUUAGCUAUGCGUUCUUUGUACCUAUCUAGAUCUUUGCAUUCCAUGUGUUCAUCUCAAUGUUUCCUGCUGCAGCCUGGCAAAUGUUUCCUUAAAUUAAUUAAUUAUUGAUAUAUCUUCUUGGUUUGUCUAGGUCUAAGCCAUGCAGGUUCCGAUAUUCUGAGCUCCGGCCCGAUGAGCGUCGGGGAACUGGAAUCUCGCGUAGUGCCGACUCCAUAUGGGCAUCCUUCCAGUGGUGACCACAGACAAGCUGUACAGAGAAACAUUUCACAGGUAAACAUUAACCUUCCUGGGCAAGGCCAUGUUACACCACGCAAAACAAAGGGUAACAUGCUAAUCUGAGAGCCUCUUAAGGAUCCAUAACAUCCUAUGUCUUCAUCAGAAUCUGGUCCUUAAAGAUUACAAGCCAGCGUAGAACGUGGCCUAUUAUCAGUGAAUAAAGGGAUAGAAUCAUUAAAAAAAAGAUUUUAUGGUGGCAUGGGUAUUCACUGGUUCUUCAGGGUCCUGGCAGUGAAUUGAGCAGUAAGACUGUAGAGGCAUGAUCUAUACACCACAACCUCUUCACUAUGCUAAAGUUGUUGUGGUGACUAUAGUGUCCCUUUAAGUAUUUUGACCUGGCCUGCUACCUGUCUUGACUUUCCUACUGGUAUCUUCUGAUCCGGCUCUGUCUGACAGUCACAUAUACCACACUUGUCCUUGACCUUAGCUAAUAUAUUGCCUAUUGUCUUGCCUGUUUUUGUUUAAAGCCGGACCAUUAAAAGUACCACUAAUGCACAUUGUAACCUAUACCCUGGUAUAUUAGGUUAGGGGCUGUGUUGGCUUCCACACCCCGACAUAGAGAAAUUUAAAGGUAAAAAAUAAAAUCUUCAUAGCUUACACCUAUCCGUCAACACUAGACAAGUUGUAAAUUACUCACGCUGCUUUACCUUCUAGGUUCAUCUAACCUGAUAUCUUUUUACAAGUUUGAAUGCAGCACAGUUAAAUGCUCUUGCUGCAAAUGCCAUGUGUUUUACAUCUGGGACUCUUUUCACUAGUACGACAAACAAGACUAUUUUACCGCUAUACUCAUCAUUUUUCUAAGGAAAAAUUUUUUUAAUUUGGUUACUAUUUAACUUUUAUACAUAUGAAAACAAACAGCACUUGGAGCCGUUGUGAAAGUUGUAUUGUUUUGUUAUUUUUAUGGUGAGCAAGUUAUAAAAAAAUGUGUUUGCGUCCAGGAGGCAGCUCUAUAAAAAAAGAGUUUUAUAGACUUACUGACUAUUUACAUUGGGUGCGGAGCUAACCAGGAUUUACAGUACUGUUUUAAAAAAUUAGGAAAUGUCAUCAAGCUUCACCUGGAAAUAUUUUGUACACCAUAUUCUGCCAUUGCAGUGAGUCCCCACCAAAUGCAGAUCUGUAGGGCACCAAUGGCCCACCCCGGCACACAAAUGUUUACAAACUACACAUGUUCCGAUGCUGAAGCUGCAUAAGAUCUUUGCUUCUGGUAACAUGGUUAGGUCUUCCUGGUUUUAACUCCACAGAGCUAUAUGGAGUGUGAAUUCUGUCCGACCUUUCCUUCCUCAUUAUGUGCCAGAGCAGUGCCACGAGGGAGACGGGCAGAUAAAGCUGUGCCAUUGGUAGGACUAUUUGCCUGCUACUCUGCUAGGCACCAUGGACUUUACUGCCUCUUCAAGCAAAGGGGCCACCAGCACCUAGAUAACCACUGGUCCCCAUUGGGUUUCAGAUAAUUGAAAUGUUGGACAUUUAUCUUGUAAAGAGGACACAAUAAAUUAAUAAUCAAUUAAUUGCAGUAGUGUCUUUGGACAGGGUUAUACUGUGUAAAGUGUUACUGCUUGCACUUAUCUGCUGCUAUAAUACCAGGUGAUACAAGUCACUCAAUGAAAAGUGCAUGAUAACAUACCUGUUUAUGUAUUGAUUGAUUUUACUCUUGUUCAGUUGUGAGGUUCUGUGUGUUAAGCUUACUACUUCUCAUCUCCGGCAUCUGCGGAGAAAUGCUAUAUAAGUGCAGUGUGCUCGGACAUACCUUCCAUAGAAACAUACGCGUGCAUGCACCUGUGCUUAAUGGUUUUUUUCCAUGGCAUGCCCUGGAUGUGCCAAAACAGCCAGACUUAAAGGUAAAAUAUUUUUUUUAAAAGGAGCCAGCUGGGGGUAUUAACAAAAAAAUAGCACAACCCUUUAGCAGUCAAUUUGUACAAAAACACUGAGAUAAUUCCUCUUAAAGGUUAGUAUCUUAAAUUAUUUAUAUAUUUUUCCAUAAUUUAAUGCAUUUUACAUAUAACAUUAAUAUGGGGGUCGUUAUCAGCCUGGAGUCUCCCUUUAAGAAAAGUUUGUUUUUAGUGAUCCAUCUUUCAUCUACUCUACACGAUUGGAUAAUCUCUACAUUCGGAACUGUUUGGUCUUGAGACACAGUGUGCUAAAGAUUUGGCAGUAGAUGUAAGCCAGUACAACUACACACCCUACCAGCAGUCUGUAUGUAUUCUGAAAUCUUCGGUCUGUCUUCAAAGUAGGUGAUGACAUUCUAAAACCAACUGCUUACAUUUCAGUAAUGAUGUAGGGAUUGGCCACAGUUAAGUUCUAUGGGAGCACGGACAACAAUGAUGUGUGUGUGCAAUGUAUAUGGUUCUAACGGAAAAAAACUUAAAAUACCUUUCUUAUAUGUUUGAGAAUCUACCGCAAGUUGGGUGAAAGCACACUAACAAAUAUCUUCCUUUUUUUGCUAAACAUUCUAGUGUUCUUUUAAAGAGAUGUGUGUAAUAUAACUACAUGACGGUUUAUUCACUAAAGCGUGAAUUGUGUGAAUUUAGAAACUCAUCAGAAAAUUCUGACUAAAUUAGCCAAACUAUGGUUCUAGCAGAUUUGUUGAAUUUUUCCAAAUUCUGGUUUCAAUUUAGAAUUUAAUAUUCAUUCACUACAAAUCACUACAUUAUUAAUAACCUCUCCCCUGUUUUCACUAUUGCAGGUUUCAGAAAAUACAAUUUUGCUGUAAAAUGAUUUGACAGUUUCUAGAACAAUUUUGUUUGUAAUGUCCAUGGCUUAAAAUGUAAAGUAGAUCCGUUGAGAAUCCCCUUACUACAAAAAUUUGCACCCAUUUACAGAUAGAGAACAAGGGGGGGUUUAAAGCAGAGGAACCAUAAUAUCUCAUGCCAACCGUAUUGCGCUCCAACUCUCAUCAUACAUGUCUGUAGCCAGGCAGAGAAUUAUGGUAGUUCUAGUACAGCCCUGAUUUAAAGGCUUUCUAUUGGCGAUCCAUGGCGAUGAGCUAUUUCACUUUUAUGGCUGAUCUAUCAGGUUAAGAUAUGUGAAUCAGAUCAAAUGAGCCAGACUGAAGCAGAAACGUGUUAUUAUUAAAGCCUUAGAAACCUCUGUUACUGAAGAGCUGUACACACAAGGUUGGCGGUUUAUACCUCAAAUACAGAGCCAGUAUAAAAUAUUUCAGGAUAUGAGUCACAAGUAAAAUAAAUUCACAUGAAUUAGAGGAUUUAAAUAAACCCGCUUAUACAUGAGCCAUCCAGGUGGCUUUUUAGAGCCAGGGUUAGAAGUGGAUUUGAAGACAGAACAUGUUAUAUUAAUACACCUGUCCAGCAGAAAUGCUUCCAGGGCAACAAUAUUUUUAUUUUUAUUUAUUAUUAUUGUAUGUUUAACCCUUUGUGUUUGCUUCCUGAAAAUAAUCAAUUCUCACGAACACAAUGAUGUAAUUUAAUUGUGGUUUUAAAUGCUGGUUACAUUUGCUGCUGUUAAAUCGCUGCUGUAUUGCCUAUGGUCUUAGCGAGUGUUGAAGACUGCUCUGAUUAAAUAUGUUGAUCAUUCUUACAGGAUCCUUCGUUCAUUCAGAAGCAGCAGCCCCCAGCUCAGGCCAACUUCAUACAAGUUAACGUUAAGCCGAGAGGUGAUCUCCACCAAGGUAAAUAUUUGUUUGCGUGAAUGACAAGCAGUGCUUUGUUAAGGGUAUGUGAAUUAUUCUACAGCUAGUGUGAAAGAGCAUUCCUCUAGAACGUGUGAGUCCUGAACACAAAAUGCAUUUUCAGGCAUAAAUACAGCAAACCUUGCAUCUGCCCACAAGGUGGCAGCACUGAGUUUUCAAUGACUGGCAGAGUUUUGGAAAAAGGAAUCCUAGUAAGUGGUUCUUAGAAGAGGGGAUAUGUAGAUUUUCCGUGGUUGGCAAAUCGUACAGAAAAUAUUAAUUUCAUGUCACAAAGUUAUCAAGAGCACAUUAGUGUUUGGCACAGUUGGCAUUUUUAAUUACAUUUGCAAGAAGGAUUCUCUUUCUUCGAUGAUGUUACAACCUUAAUGACAAAGCCCACUUAUGUAUAGUGAAAAUGAGUAAGCAGGAAGAAUUUCUGAUAGUUUGGCAGUACAAUGGUGACAUGUGAUCCUUGCUGACACCCAGAGUGUGGACAUGGAGCCGUAGGUAAAGCUUGCCUAAGUGCAAAAUCUCCUAUACAUUUAGAUGCUGAAAUGGUUUGUUUGCAAACACCCAGAUGACAUUAGGUGCUUCUGUUCUUACUGCAUUGAGAGGUCUAAAAAAAUCUCCUAGUAGUCGAGAAACUUACCAUCACACUGCAGUACACAUUGCUGCAUCCGCGUACAGGAAACAUGAAAAUAUUGCUUUUUAUGCAUCAUUUCUGUUCAGUUUUGUUGGGGGGGGAUUUCUUAUUUUUUUUAGAUGCCUUAAUUUCCUACCCGAUAUGCCAUCUCUGUCAUAGAUUGCACUGUGAUGUUUAAUUAAUAAAAAUAUUCACUAUUUAUUAAAGUGUGACGUAUGAAACCCAAAGCUUCAAUAACAAUUCAGGACACAAUAUAAUGUUUAAACAUCCCGAAAGCGUUUUGUCGUUAUUUUGUGUCUUUAUUCGGGUUUUAUAAAUGACCAGGACAUACCUGAAAACGAGAGAAAUCUCCAUGUAUCCUUCCUGGUAAAAUAUUUUAUAAAUAAAAUAAAUAUAAAUAAAUAAAUAAUGAAGCCGAUUACUAUCAGACAUAUUGGCAGUGUAAUCGUAUAAACAGAACGUGAUGUCUGCCUCUGUUAGAAGGCCAGUUUAUCAGUCUGUUUUUUGAUUUAUUAUAUCAUGUUAAUAAUAUACAUUUUUGUCUAACCUUCAGAAUCCUUACUUUAUUUUUUAAUGGGGCUUUUAUGUAGACAAAGUGGAGACUUUGGUAGAAUUUAUGUUUAAUUUUGGGCUGCGUGGCACCCUUGCAUCAUUCAGCAGUUUGUACAGCUGUUCUCGUUGAUUUAAUGUCUUAUUAUUUAUGUGGCCAAAAACCCACAGAAACGAUUUCCAUUCUGAUAUUUUUUUUAAUCGUGUAUUUUUUGGGAGUCUUUGAAAUAGUUUCAUUUGUUUGAGGUCUUUAUACAGAAACAGUCUUUAGCAUUUUUAAAUUUGAUUGAUGAGGUGGAUAUGAUAUUACGAUGCCGUUUGUAUGAUUGCAGUUUCCAACGCCAAGCAACUGAAAAUGCAAACUCUAAUUAUAUUCUAAUACAGCCAUACCUACUGUGUAAUCGCAGUCUUUAUUAUACGGUCUGCACUGAAUAGCUGCUACGUUUGCCAUCUAACAUGAUUACUGGCUUUGAUUGUUAGUAUCCUCAAAAUACUUGAGAGCCAACUGACAAGUUGGGGGUUGUGAUAUUGGGGGACUAUACAUUGGCCAUCCCUGCUGUUGUUCAGUUGUGUAUUUUGAUAUAAAAAGGAUUCUUUAUUCCUAUUGCAAGGCCCUGCGCGGUCCUAGCUGUAUCUGGGAUGGCAACCAGGUGCUUGUGUGUUUAUAUAAAUACAUAGUUAAUAUAAUGUUAAACAAAAAUCUGCACACCAUUCAAGCCAUAAGACUUGCUUUUCCCACAGAAAUCACAAAUCUGCAGUGAUGUUACUACCGCAAAGGAUUCUGGGUGGACAUAUGCAAAUUAGUUUAAGAAAGAAUCCCAUUUUUGCCUCAUUAUUCCAUUUUAAACAUGGAUUCCUUUGAGUCUGUGUUUGCUGUAUACAACAGCUUUGAAACACAACUUAGGAAAAGACGCAAAGCCAGUGAACCACUCAUGGAAAGCUGUUUCAUUGUUAAUGCAAAUCAUCAGCAUGAGGUUGGUUACUGGUUUGCUUAUUGAGGCUUGGUAGUGCUUGGGAAGCAAAAUCCAAAUAGGUUAUGGUGGGGGAAAUCACAUUUUUUUCAAUCACAAUUUUUUACCCACCACGACCUUUUUGGUUUUUGCGUAUAAAUACAUAACUAUAGUGUGUUGUGUGUAUGUUUAAUAUAUGCAUUAUAUCACUCUGCACACAUUAUCUGAUUUUAUCCUAAUGUAAAAUGUAUUCUUAAUUAACAAUUUUGAAAAAUAAUUGGAGUUCCUAUGUCAGUUAGAAUGAUUGCAAUAGAAAUCUUUUUUUCUCAUUGAAACAGAAGUGAAUGCCCCCUUAAUUCCCUCCCUGCUGCAGAGAGUGAGCCUUUCACGGUCUGUGUACUUUAACUGUGGGCAAAGCAAUGAAUAGAGCAUUUUUGUUUUCCAUCUGAUGACGUAGCGCUGCUUAUUGUUUCUACCAUUUGACAUCUCGCACGGUAUCGCUGCAAGGAAACCAACUGGAUCUUUAAAGAACAUCUCAUGUUGGGCUUUAAAGAGAAGCCUUUUUAUAAUGAGAAGAAAGCAGUUGAUGAUUUUUUGGCAGGUUCAGAGUAGCUGUAAUUGUAGAGCUUUGCAUCUCAGCUGGUCUGUGCGUCGUGCAGCCAUCCAUCUCUGUUAAUUCUCACCAUUCCCUCUCAGUUUUAAGAUAAAGUCUAGUUCGUGCAGACCUAAAGAUGUUUUAGACACCUCUGUGCAAGUAGCACGUUUGUCGCAACAUACUAGUGAUCUCCCACAGAUUUCCACGCACUACAUGGCUAUGAAUUACGGGCAUAAUGGAAUUGUGUGGUUUGUGUGGCAUGUUGUGAAGCUGCACCGUUAUUGUUUAUGGUACUUUGGGGUGUGUUCUCUUUCUGUGAACAUGUGAAAACCUAGAAAUUCUAUAUCAGCAGGGUGAUCUCCCAGGUAUGAUAUCGGCAUAGUUAAGUGACCCAUUCAGCCUGACGGUAAAUCAAGUGUGAAUGAAAACCCUAUUUUGAUUCCUGCGUUUCUAACAUUUUAUUUGAAGGAGUUUUGCCUGCUGAUCUGAAAUAUAGGCUAGUUGAGAGUCCAUCGUCUCUUUCUGUCAUUCCUCUCUGCUGUAAAGGGAUUAAUAGCUUCUUUUCCUACUGAACAUUCCAAGCGAUAAUUUAAUGAAAGCUAAAUAGCAACAUUUCUUAACUGAUGACUGGGUUGGUUUACAUGCAAAGUGGCACAAAGUCAACCCAUGUGCUACACAAACAGUGUCCCUUCAGCCAUGUGUGUGAUUGUGACGAUGCGCUAUGUGACCACAACUAUCUGGACACCAUUUCUAUUUAGUGGGUUUGCCACCAUCAGUCACACGUAUUGUGUAGUGUUUCAGACAAGCAUUGGUAGUAAAAUGUCCUUCACUGCAGAGCUCAGUGCCGUUCAAAAAGACUCCAUCACAUGGUACCAUUUCUUUUCAGGAUGGCUAGAGGUGACAUUAUCAGCUCUGAGUGCUCUUACUGUGGAAUCUGCUCAGCUGAGAAAUAGGCGCUUACACAAGUUUACAGAAGAUGUAGCUUCUAAAUUCAAUUGUCUCUAUUUCUACUAUCAAAUUCCGAGGUGCCUCUGAGUUCAGCCUUGGCACUAUAAUGCUUGGAGUUUCGUGUUUUGUGGACACAGCCACACUCAGACCUAUGCCUGGAGUGGCUGAAAAUGUGUGAAAAUUGCCACCAAUAUAGAAGUUGUCUGUGCUCUCUUGACCCUUUCCCUAUGGAAUUCCAUGCUGCCUAUGGAAGCAAUGUUACCAUGGGAAUGUCAGAGACUUUGUGAAAUCCCCACAUGUGCAUUGCAAUAUCUAGAACAGUGUAAAUAUCUAUCAUUGGAUUCUGGAGAAGUGGUAGCUAGUUCUAGGAGUAAUAAAUCACAUGUCGGCAACUGGCAAGUAAGACUGUCAUUUCUGGGUUUGGAGAAUGCUGGACAUGCUGGCUGACUACAUAGUGCCAACUGUAAAGUUUGGUUGAUUUAGACCAAGAUUAGGCAACCUUCGGCACUUCAGGUGUUGUGGACUACAUCUUCCAUGAUGCUUUGCCAGCAUUAUGAAUGUAACCGCAUCAUGGGAGAUGCAGUCCACAUCAUCUGGAGUGCUAAAGGUUGCCUACCACUGGUCUAGUCUGUGUUUCUUGGUUUCAGCGGACACCUCUAAUUUGUUACUGUGGCUACCUGUUCAUUUCUAGAGACCUCCAGAACUGGUCCGCAUGGCCACCAAUCUCUUAAUGCGAUUGAUUCCCUUUAGGACGAGCGCUGGGCUCUUUACAGUGCCCCUUCCGAAUAACCAGAACCAGUUCAUUAAUACGAGUCUACAGUGCAUUUAUGGCAUGAUCUAUAAAACGAGAACAAAAUUAGUCACUGGGACAUGCUUCCAUAUUUAUUUAUUUAGUGAGGAAAAGAUUUAACGUGGAAUUGUACUGGCUUAAUUCCCAGCUGAAUUUAAAUAAAAGCAGAUGGUCAUGACUCGUUUCCUUUAUCUUGUUAUAUAUGCACAGGAAUAAUCAAGUCAAAUAACGUGUCGUCACCAGUUUAUUUAAUUCCACCAAUCUCUGCCCAAGCACAUUUAUAUCACGGGUAAGGAAUCCUCAAGAUAUUUCUCCACACCACUGUAUUUACGAACAUUUGUGUGGUUUGCUAUGCAGCACUAUUAGAAUGUCAGCCAGCCAUGUUUGCUGUUCAAGCAAGCAUACAUAAGGAUAGCCAAAACAUACAAUCCAGUCUGUUUACUCUGGUCUUGUUAUCUGUUAAAGUAGUCCGGUGAGAUUGCAGGACAUGACAUAAGUCCUAAAUCAGGACUCAAUUGCUGGAAUCGGGACACUUGGGGGAUACGUUGCCCAUUUGCUGCCUCUCCGUUGAAAACACCAGUCGUACAUGCAAGAGAUGGAAGCAGAAGCUACAUUCAUCUAACAUUCUACAACUCUACUGAUGUGUUGUUUAGGGGCAAAGUGUUUUAAUUUAUCACUUUAUUACAUAAACAACAAGAUCUGCAGAUCUCAUGUUUUUUAAACAUCUGGUUAAAAGUAAAAAGAAGGAUUAAUAUGUAGACUGAUCCUUAAAAACACAAAUAUAUCUUCGUCUUAAUUCUAGGACGAUAAACAUUCACAGUACAGGAUUUGCAGGAGCCACACAUUGGAUUAGUUUGGUUACACUGGGACCUACAAAGGACUUAGUUUAGUGUAAAAAGUUAUUUAUUUACGUAAAAAUCACGCACAGCCUUUCAUAGACUGUUUGUUUGAGACCUUUUGGAAAGGCAUUAAAUCACUAGUAGGCUGAUUUCCUGUAUAUUUGUACUUCAGUUGUUUAAAACAUUUUUGAGAAAAUUAUUUCCGGUGACUGCCCUUGAAUGGGUCAGAAUUUAAAGACAAACCAUUAUUCUGUUCACCCUAUAACCUGUUUUUACUGCACCAAUUAAAUAAACAAUUUAGGAGCAAAGCAGUUUGGCCCAGAUAACUUUUGCGGACAUUUAAAAGGGAGAAACCAUCUCUUGUUAUAAACUAUAUUUACAUCCCCAAACAGCUGCCAAGACUAGAUCGCUUGUGGAUCUGUACAUUCACAUUUUAUGCCACUAUCGUCAAACUGGAAUAAAUCUUCAAAUCCGCUACGUCUUCAGUUCAUGUGCUUUGGCAUAAAAUUUUAAAUUCACCUUGACUGCAUGUUUUCUUGACAAUUCAUACUUUUGCUAAAACGUGUAUUACCCCUGUAUGAACAAAACCAAACACCAGCCAAACUUGGCAGGAUUUUGGUAGUGCCAAUCUUUUACAGUAGGAAUAUUGAAUGGAUCCACACCACCAGACAUUAUGUGAAAAUGAGGAUUUACAUUUUUUGGAUUCCAUGUAAGUCUGCAUUUCGGCUCCAUUUGUUGGGCUUGCGGUACAAGGUGGGUGUUCGUCUGCUCACCCAGAAAGAUCGAGUGGGGCUUGUGCACCUUCUAUUGCAGCUGGUGUUUUAAUUGCAGGAUUUUUACUCUGUCAAUCUCUUACAAGUAGACAAGUUAAUUUAGAUUUCAUCUUAGUGAGUUAACAAUAUUUAUGUUCUGGUACCUCUUCUGUAUCUUCACGCCUUCUUUUUUCUAAAAGGCUGAUUUCUUGGUGGUAGAAUUGUUUUAAUUUUCUUUCCAAGGGCUGUUAUGGAUAAAUAUAUAUAUAAACUAUGUGUUUUGGCCUCAUUGCAAUGACACAAAGCCUUCUAGCAAUAUCUUGAGACUGAUGUUUGAGACAGUCCAUAAACACAAACAAUGAAAUAGAACAGUUACAGACUCUAUACAUAGUGCUAUUACAAACAAACGUGUUAUGUACACAUCUUGCAAAUGCUUCUUGUACACUGGAUGAGUGAAUAAAUGCACUGCUCUCCCUUUCUUCAGCUGAAGGGUUAAAUCCCCAGCAUGAUGCAUUUUAGCAGUUGUAGCAGGGGCAUUGUACCCAUUUAAAAAAGUGAUGUGUUUUAUAUUCAUAUUCGGGAAAGCUAGCCGUUUUCAUGAGAUCCCCAAAUAUAAACAUUCAGAGUAUUUAUAACAAUAGCUCAUUCUCUUCCAGGCACCCGCCCUGUCAGCAGCUUACUUGAUGUGCAGCUGUAUAACAUCAGAGACUUGAAAGCACAUCCUGUCUCGCCCCUCAAAUGUCCCCCACUUUCUAAAGUCCAAAAAAAUUACUUUUACUUUUCAAGCUGAUUUUGUAGGCCACCCCCCUCUCACCCGGGCUUGUUGGCUCCUAAUAAAGGAUUUUAAAAGAAGUUUGACAUCUGAUUCUAUUUUGACUGUUUAUGUUCUUUACAUAUUUAAAUUAAAAUGGAAGCUAUAUUUUAAAAGUUACAAUAUUCUACCAAGUACCUGAAUAUUUGUUUGCCACCCAUCAAAAUGGCUUGCACAGGUUAUACGUUUUAAAAACGUUGAAAAUUCGCUGGUGCAGUACUCUGGGGGAGUUACUAAUUAAACUUUAUUGAAUUUGGAGACGUGAGUUUUUCGUUUAUAUCAGAAUGUUGGUCGGUGCUCUGUCGAAUAUUAAAUUACAUUUCAAGCUAUAAAACACUUCCACGGGUCAUGUCUAUCACCUUUACACUAAAAUGCAAGCUGUCAGGAUCAGAUUGUAUCUGCCCAUAUUUUUUGCAUCUGGAAUAUUGAAUGAUCUGAUAACUUGACCUAAUUUGCUCACAUUUUCUCUGUUCCUUAUUUUCUGACUUAAAUUUGCCAUUAAAAUGAUUGAGGCUGCAGCACAUCUAACAUAAAGUUAUUUUUGUAUUAAUUUGUUUUAUUUUCUCCAACCCAAUUGAAUUCCACACUUUAAACAACACUCAAAGCAGUGACACUAACUCAAUUUGUUCUUCAGCCCGUUGUUAAAUGGCAUUCAUUUGUGUUUAAUAGAGCAGGUUUUUCUCUAAGGCUACAAAAGAAUAUUUCAUUAGCAUGUUUUUUGUCUUUGCUGUUGCGUGACCUGCAAAGCUUUCGUAAUCUGAUUUUUCAGUUCAAGCAGAACAGAGAGGGGCAGUUUACAUUUUGUGCCAGCUCAAGCUUAAUGUUAAUUAAAUUCUAGCUUUUUACAGAAUUUUUUAUAUUUGCAUCAGGAAAUGGAUACAUGUCCGAUAUGAUGACAUCAUCACUUUGCCCCUUAGCGUAGUGAACCGCUUUAAUGGUGUCUUUUGCUGUCAUACCAUAUUGGAGUUGACGUAGCAGAGGAUAACAGAUCCAUGAUUUUAAAUAAAACUUGUGGCAUUGCCUGGUUCAUGCAACAGGUGGGUGUUAAGGGGUACAUUAAGGGACACUCUAUCUUCUUUAGGUUGUUUUAGAGGUUACCUGCAUGUCCCCUCUGCCUUAUUUUAUAAAAGUGACGAUUUCAAGGGAAAGCAGAAUGUUUAUAAAUUCCUUGUGUAACACCUUGAUAGCUAUGACUUUUUCCUGCCUCACUCACUUUGAACUGUAGUUCAGGGACGAGCGUUGUAGAGCGUGAGAAGCCUCUGAUUGGGCACAAGUUAUGGUGAUUUUAUAGACAGCAGAUUAGACUGAGGCAGGCAGAAUGUCACGGACUGAAAUAAAAGUGAGUUUAUUGGAUUUUUAAUUCCAAAGUGGUGCAGUAUUCUAAACCGAUUAAAUAUAUAUAUUUUAAUUGGAGUGCUCCUUUAAUCACACAUGGAACGUGUCUUAUAAUGCUAUAGUUACAGAUGCUAACUCCAUAGCCAUAGUAUUCUGUACUACAGAAUCAGGAUUUACCCUAUAAAAUGACUCCCACUGUAUCCUUGUACUUGGGUUACAAGUCAAUAUAAACUCUCUUAAUGAUCGCUAACACCUUUGUGAUAUCCGGAGCACGGUGUUAAGGCCUACAGGAAGGAUUAUUUUUUUUUUUUUUAUAUAUAUAUAUAUAUACUUUGUUAUUUCCACUUCCUUAAUUGCCAUCUACAAGUUAAAACAUGCUGGCCAUGUCAGGAUAAGUGUGGUCUUUGUGUACUUGCAAAUUGGUUUAUUACAAUCCUUUUUGCUGAAGACACAUUUGACUGUACUGUAGUUAAUGUAAAUGACCUUUGCCACCUCUUGCCAGCAUCCUUCUUUAAUGUGAUGUGACUAGAUGAAUCAUUCUAGCAUCACUUCUGACGCAGCACCACUAUAACGACACUGUGUGCCUUCUUGACCUCGAUAAUGAAGUGGCACAUACACAGGUAUCUCCAUAAUGAUGCUGUACAUUGUUUCAGCGUGCAUGGGAUGCUCUGCCCACGGCAGUUUAUAUAACCAAAAUUAUGCAGGCGUCAUUCUGGUAUACUCGCACCAAAAUACACACAUUGUACAGCGCUGUGGAACUUGUUGGUGCUAUAUUCAUAAUAAUAAUUUGAGAUCAUUGGCCUGACAUAGUCUUUUGUAGCCUGAGAGUGCGUUCUUUAUUUGUUAUUCUGGUUUAUGACUUUGGCUCGUACAUUGACUUUCCUGACUGCUCCUACCCUGACUUUACUUUGUUUACGUUAUUCGGUAAUCGUUUGACUUUGGCUUGUUCCUUGACCAUUCUGUAUCUGCUUUACACAUUUAGCCCGGCCAUCUAUAAGGACCAGUAAUACAUGGUGUGUGGGUCUCCAGCACUGUCCAACUUCAUCUCCCAUCUCCCUCAGUCAAGCUGACUGACCAACAAGUCAAUCUAAGAAUGACAUAUCCAUGUGGAAAUAAUCUUGCGUAAAAUGGAUGUUCACUUUUUUUCCAUAAACUAUUUUCUAGCCCCAGGGUACUGUGUGACCCUCACCUUAGGAAAUUAGAGCUUUCUAUCCACUUAUUGCCUCCAGUAAACAUUUACAAUAAUCUGGCUCUAUCUGCAUUAUUUUUCAGUGAAAACAUUUGUUUACACGUAGCAUAAUUUAAUUAUCACCAGUGUGUAAGAUCAGAGCAAUGCUGAGAGCCUCACACACCUGGACUAAGGUUUUAUUUUACACCGGAAACGUUUGCAAUAAGUGGGCCGUGUAUGCUUUACCUACAGCAUGCUAAAUAAAUUGUGUUUCCAGCUAUAGCCUAAACCAGCCAUUCUUUGUCCAACUAACAAAUGGUUUGCUUUUGUUCUCUGUUCAAUGUGUGAGCUAUGGGGAGGUGUGAUUAACAUGUAAAUAAAGUUACUUCCUAUUUCUACUUUCUUUGCGUUAUCCAUUAGAUCAGACUGCCCAUGGGCAAUGUAUAGUUUUCAAGAUUUUAUUGUCCCCUUAGACUAUCUGCAUAUAAAUUCAAAGAUACAACAGUUUAUAUUUUUUAAUACAGUCCAUGCAACCCCCCCUCUUGUAGAUCUCCCAAUUUAGAUCUGGUCUACAUGAUAAUCUUUACAAUAUCCACUGCUUCUGUUUAAAAUGUAAGUUUCAUCCUAGACGUGUUUUCAAUAUUUCAUAUAAAGUAUGCAUGGCGCUGAACUUGUAUAUAACGAGUCAAACCAAGGACCGUAAACACUGUUACAAACUUUGUGUAGCAAGCUCAUAAUGACACGUUUAUAAUGUACCGCUCCUGCUUGCUGUCAGAAUGGGAGAUCUAUUUUAAAUACCUGGCGUUAGGUUGUUAUAAUAAAAUGGGGGAUGUUAAUGUCGUGACCAUGUGCAAGGGUUAUACAAUGCUUGAUCAUUUUCUGUACCUGAAUCCCUACUGAUUAAUUUGUAUCCCUUGGUUUGGUGUUUUUAACACAUUUGAGUUCUUAGAAAUCAGUCUGUAGUGGAGUCGCUCCAUUCUCUGUUAUUUUUAUCGGUCCAGCAGCAUCCUUGUAGACUCUUUUCACAGAUUUCCCCCCAACAGUUUUUAGCCGUUGUGGUACCCCCUUACAUCAAUUCUUUUAGGAAUCCCUAUAGGCACAUGGUACAGGAGACCCCUUGGGGUCUGUAGGAAUGGGUAAACUAUCCUUUACUGGGCUGCUUUCCAACCAUGUGUGGGCCUGGAUACUCUGCUCUAGUACUGCUGGUGACCUGUCAUCAACUUAAUUCAUCUUUAGGAAAGUGUAUCGUAAGGGAAGCUCGGCUAAAAGUCCUGUCGCAUUUGCAGGAACCUUACUAGCCCUCAGAAUGCGGUGCUUUAAAGACAACCAAAGCAAAACACAUUACUGAAUACAGAAACCAUGUGUUGGUGAUCUGUUGGAGUUUCUAAUGUUUAGGUACAAGAUUUGUCCAAUUAUGUCAAAAACAAAAAUAAUAUGAAAUCCACUUAAAAUUUAUCUGCCCAACGCAUUUUCCAUCUGAAGUCUUUGGAUAUUUCUUGGUCAACCCUUAACUCACAUUGGAUGUGAAUGAUGUAAAAUGCAAGGGUGUUUUUUUUCUUUGUUUUUUUAAUGUGGUGAAAUCUGUACUAAAUCUCGCCACCUUUUCUAUAAUAUGGUAUCGCCAUACUGGGCUACUCCCCUUCUCAAUAAAUUGCAAAUUUAAAACACUGGAACCUUUAAUCGUCUAAAUAAAUAAAUACUACGUUACCCAUAUUCCCCCCACCCCCUCCUGUUUGUAACCUCUUGAUAUCCUGAAAAGAUAAUCCCCCCAGGUCAUGUAUCCGCCACUAGGGGGUGUUGGUGUACAGGACUCUGUGCCAGUCCCAGUAUUCAGUAUCUUAUUCCCAGACUGAGCUGCAAAGACCCGCAUUGGAGAGUGAACUUGUAAAUUACAACCGUACCUGCAGAGUUUGUCCAAACUAGAAUUAGGAAUCGGAGCAACAAUUAAAAGACCAACAUUGUUUUAAUUCGGGAGUGUGAAGAGAAGUCCAUGUUAAGGCAGUGCCACAUGGCCGUUUCUUGUUUGACUUAUUGUCUUCUGUUAAGUCUCUGGGGUAGUGCUCUGACUUUGUUGAAUGAGCCAAUUGUUUUGCUUUGUCUUGCCCAUCAAGUAAGUCCCCCAUCUGGUUUCUAUCAGACUGUUUUCACAGCCAGCAACUGCUGCCUUUUCUAUAUCCUGACACUCAAGGGCCCCAUGCUAUCAAAGCAUUACUGUGAUAGUAUGUGUGUCUGGACAUAUACAGCUGCUCUGUACAGCUUGAAACCAUUAGCAAUAGUAAUGUAGAACUUGAACUGUGUGUAUUUAUGUGUGUGUUAGUCUAGGUACACACACAAAUGCACUAUUGUACUUUUUUAUAUUUUUUGGGGGUACAUUUAAAACAUGAGUUUUCAUUGAUUACUGCUCGUCUUCUUUACAUUAUUUUGUUGUAUCUGUUCAAACUCUCAAGUCGCAGGUUUGAUUCUGCCUAGGGUGAUAAACUGAAUGCCAUCACGUUGGGUAAUUGUAACGACUACUAAUUGGUUGCUAAUUUGGUCACAAAUAAAACCAUGCAUAGUGAAGUCCCCUUAAAGGAGGAAAACAAGCCUUGUUUUUACUGUCAAAUAGCUGAACACUCUAAACACCAUCACCACUGCAGUUUAGUGUAGUGGCUCUUGGGUUGUAAGAAGGGCCAUCCAUUUUUAUUUUAUUUAGCCGUCAUUAUCUAAGCAGCAGAAGACAAUCUGUGUCAGGGAGGUGUGUGUUUUUGUUUUGCUUUUAUUGUUGUUGUUUUUUUAAGUUCAAAUAGUUUUUAAAAUAUUUAAAAAAAACAAACAAACAGAGGAGACAAUCAAGGAUCCUUACACCAAAACAGCUACAAUAAGCAGUUACUAACAUCAUUUUUUCCUCUUAUUUUUCCUUAUUUCUUUAUCUCGGUGAUGUCAGCCACACUGCUCAGUUUAUACUUUGGCUACUCUUUUUAAUGACAUCAUCAUCUCUCAGGUGUCUAAGUGUGUAAAUAAUUUCACACGUUUCAGCUCUGGCGCUGUGCCCAGAAUAGUGUAACAAUAACAGGUGACAGAAUGUCCCAAAGUGCUGUCUGUCACUGCUUGCUAAGCCAACAAACAAUACCUUGUAUUCCAGGCGCACUGCAACACUUGCUUUUUAUUUUAUUUCUUAUCAUUUCCUGGAGAAAUUCUAUUUCAGCCCAUAACUCCGGACCCUUCUUGAAUUCUCAGUGAGUCACCCUAUGGCAGUAACGGGUAAUUUUGGGACUGGACAACUUUGUGAAGUACAUUUCGUAUGAUGCACCUCUGCCAUAAACUGUCCUGCAAGUUACACAAAUAUAUCAGACAUUUAUUAAAAAAAAUAAAAAUAAAGGUUGUUUUGGUUUAUGUUUACUGAAAUAUAUUCAUUUAUUUGUCCAGAGUUUUUUUUUGUUAUUUUUAAAGCUUUAAUAUUUUAGCAUUUUACGAAUUAGCUGAGAACAUUGAGGUCCCAGUGUGAACCUGACUGUUCCUCCCUUCUUAUUUAGCAACAUUUACAAGAUUUAUAUAACGUGCGCACACUGUACAAAUACUGUUACAGAUCAAGUGUUAAACUCAUCAGCCUCUUUGGCGUCCAUUAUCAUUUCUAUGCGGAUGACACGCAAAUCUACAUGUCCUCUCCUGAUCUUUCUCCACCCAUCUUGACUUGUGUCUCUGACUGCCUCUCUUCGAUUUCCGAAAGGAUGGCUGCUCACUUCCUUAACCUCAACCUGUCCAAAACAGAACUUCUGGUCUUUCCUCCCUCAAGUGUUACUACUCCUGUGUCUGUCUCCCUCCAAGUCAACGGCGCUACCAUCACCUCUACCUCACAGGCUCGCUGCCUGGGUGUUAUUUUUGACUCCAACCUCUCCUUCACCCAUCAUGUCCAAUCAAUUGUCAAAUCCUCUCGCCUCCAUCUCAGAAACAUAGCGCACAUCCAACCCUACUUAACCCCGGAUGCGGCUAAGGUGCUGGUCCAUGCUCUUGUUGUCUCUCGCCUGGACUACUGCAAUACUCUUCUCAGUGGUCUUACGUGUUGCCAGAUUGCACUGCUCCAAUCUAUAAUUAACGCGGCGGUGAGGCUCAUUUUCCUGUCCGCCCGCACCGCUCACGUCUCCUCCUUUGUCAGUCCCUACAUUGGCUUCCAGUUGGAUAUAGGGGUCAAUUUAAGAUUCUGGUGCUUGCUUACAAGUCCCUACAUAAUGCUGCUCCAACCUACCUAUCCUCCCUAAUACUAGUGGUCACUACGCUAUCCUAAUUCUCCUUGACCUGUCUGCGGCUUUUGACACUGUUGAUCUUCAGCUUCUUCUCAUCCUCCGCAAUAUCGGUCUACAAGAUACUGCUCUCUCCUGGUGCUCUUCCUACCUCUCCCAGCGCUCUUUCAGUGUUUCUUUCUCUGGCUCUGCUUCUUCUCCCCAACUCCUCUCUGUUGGUGUCCCCCAAGGUGCAGUCCUUGGUCCCCUACUGUUCUCCAUCUAUACUGCCUCCCUUGGUAAACUCAUUAGCUCCUUUGGCUUCCAAUAUCAUUUCUAUGCAGAUGACACGCAAAUCUACCUGUCCUCUACUGAUCUCUCCCCGUCCCUCUUGACUAGUGUCUCUGACUGCCUCUCUGCUGUUUCUAACAGGAUGGCUGCCCACUUCCUUAAACUAAACUUGACCAAAACUGAAAUUCUGGUCUUUCCUCCCUCAAGUGUUGUUACUCCUGUGUCUGUCCCUCCAAGUCAACGGUGCUACCAUCAGCUCCACCACGCAGGCUCGCUGCCUAGGUGUUCUCUUUGACUCCGACCUCUCCUUCAAGCCUCAUGUUCAAUCUAUCGCCAAAUCCUGUCAUUUCCAUCUCAAAAACAUUGCGCGCAUCCGCCCCUACUUAACGCCAGAUGCGACUAAGGUGUUGGUCCAUUCCACUGUCCUUUCUCGCCUUGACUACUGUAAUCCGCUUCUCAGUGGUCUUACGUGCUCCCAACUAGCGCCGUUACAGUCCAUAAUGAAUGCGGCGGCGAGGCUCAUCUUCCUGUCCGCCCGCACCUCCCAUGCUUCACCCUUCUGUCAGUCCUUACAUUGGCUUCCUAUAAAAUAUAGAGCUCAAUUUAAUAUUCUGGUUCUUGCUUUCAAAUCUCUACAUAAUGCUGCGCCCACCUAUCUAUCCUCCCUUAUACACAAGUAUAUCCCAUCUAGGCCCUUACGAUCUGCUGAAGACUUACGUCUAUCGUCUGUCCGUACUCCCACCUCUGAUGCUCGCUUUCAAGAUUUCUCGAGGGAUGCACCGUUCCUGUGGAACUCUCUUCCCUCCUCUGUUAGAUGCUCACCCAGUCUCCACUCCUUCAAAAAAUCGUUAAAAACCCACUUCUUCAUAAAAGCGUAUCAAUUAAACUGUUAGUAGUUCCUAACUGAUUCCUCUUCUGCAACUGUCAUUAGUCUAAUAGUAUACUUACCUUUUUGUGUAAUUUUACCCCACUCCCUCUAGCAUGUAAGCUCAUUGAGCAGAGCCCUCAACCCCUCUGUUCCCGUGUGUCCAACUUGUCUGGUUACAACUACAUGUCUGUUCGUCCACCCAUUGUAAAGCGCUGCGGAAUUUGACGGCGCUCUAUAAAUAUCAUAAUAAUAAUAAUACACAAGUAUGUCCCGUCGAGGCCCAUACGCUCUGCCAAAGACCUACGUCUUGUCCGUACUCUCACCUCUAACGCUCGCCUCCAAGACUUUUCCAGGGCUGCACCUCUUCUGUGGAACUCCCUUCCCUUCUCCGUAAGAAUUUCACCCAGUCUCCACUCAUUCAAAAAAUAAUUGAAAACGCAAUUCUUCAAGAAAGCAUAUCAAUUAAACUGUUAGCAGGUUUUUAUCCCCACCUCCCAUGACUCCUUUCCUGCAACUGUCAAAAAUUACCUACUAAGCCCUCAAUUAAUACUUUUCUAACAACCUACUUCGUACCCCUACUUUUACCCUCUGUGUCACUAUACCCCACUCCCUCUAGAAUGUAAGCUCACUGAGCAGGGCCCUCAACCCCUCUGUUCCUGUACGUUCAGUUGUUUGGUUACAAUUACAUGUCUGUUAGUCCAUCCAUUGUACAGUGCUACGGAAUCUGAUGGCGCUAUAUAAAUAAUAAAAUAAUAAUAAUGUGAUGCUGUGAUAACUAUCACAUAAUGGAUAAUCAUUGCUUAAAGUUGCAAUCAUGCAGGAAGACAGGACAGGGGACUUCCUUUCUACAGUGACCAUAUGGAUAGCACAGGUGUUCAUGGUGCUUGGAGUGGCUCUCUAAUAUCCCUGCACAUGGAAUAGUGGAACUGGUUAUUUAAUCUGUUUUGUAAAUUGGGCCUUAACAAGCUAGUCUGGUGCAAACUGUUAAAUUGGACUCUUGUUAGAACCUUAUAAACCCACACUUUAUGAUGGUGAAAUACAAAUAGCAGCUUCUUUAUAGCUGGAUUAGCACAAGGCUGGGAACAAGCCACUUCUCCUGUAUAACGCUCAGGACAUGAGGGCCCUAGCUUUCGGCAUGAAGUGUUAAUCUGCGCUGCUGUCACUUUCUGUCUUACACAAGAUAAAGUCAUCAACAGGCAAAAACAUAAGUACUUGGACAAAAUCCUGUCCCAUAUCUCCCCCACAUGAGAAAAGAGCUUUGCACCAGAGCGCCUUAUCAUCUAUACUGCGGAAGUGAGGUGCUUUGCCAAAUUCGAACAGAUUGACAUUUAGGGAGUGAAUUCUCGGCGGCGUAUUAUCUCUUCUAUAUAAAGUGCAAUACAUGUCUGCAGUGUGUCCUUGACUCGCCUAACAUUGUAACUUUUUUUUAUAUUUUAAGGAUUAUUAGAUUUUCUCACUUUUCCAGAUAAAUUUGAUUUUCAUUUUGCAAAAUGUGAAUUCAUCUUUUCUCUCCACAGUGAUUUGCUUUGUUUAGGUAACACUCACAUUAUAAUUCAUGUAUUGCAACAAUAAGAUCAGUUGAAUCUAAAUAUUUAUUGUGUUUCAAAGUUUAUGAACCUGAAAUAGUUAUGAUGUGCAGACGCAAUGCAUGGUGGGUCUACAUUCCUGCACACUCAGCAGAAAUAUACACUAUGCUUUGAGCAAUUUAGUAAGCACAAUCUAUAUAUCUCGUAUGGAAUAUUUUAAAGGGGAAUUAGGACAUUUUAGUUUUAUGCCCAAUAGAUUGGAAAAUUGAACAUUUUCAGCUUUAACCCCUUAAGGACGCCGCCAAAUGUACUCGUUGUGAACAAAACAAAAUGUAAACAAAACCUGGCAUUUGCGCUACAUGUCUGUCCAACUGUAAUUCACCUCUUUCAUAUUAAAUGCACCCAUCCUUAUUAUAUAUCAUUUUAUUCAGGAGAAACAGGGCUUUCAUUUAAUAUCAAAUAUUUAGCUAUGAAACAUAAUUUAAUAUGAAAACAAUGGGAUAGAUUUUUUUUUAGUUCUACAUGACAUUUUAACGGUCAAUGUCAUAAUACUGUUUGCUUUUACUGCAAUAAAAUACACAUAUUUGUAUUCAGCAAAGUCUCACGUGUAAAACAGUACCCCCUAUGUACAGGUUUUAUGGCGUUUUGGGAAGUUACAGGGUCAAAUAUAGCACGUUACAUUUGAAAUUGAAAUUCUAAAAAAGACUGGACAUACCGCGUUUGCAAUACCUUGGGUUGUCUGCUAUUGCAAAUGGUAUGCCAUCAUAGGGGUAAUUUUCAUUCUUGGGCUACCAUAGGGUCUCAAAAGCAACGUAACCAAUCUGGCGAAUUUUAAUGUGAAAAAAAUGAAACACAAGCCUUAUAUUUAACGCUGUAACUUUUGAAAACACCAUAAAACCUGUACAUGAGGGAUACUGUUGUACUCGGGAGACUUCGCUGAACACAAAUAUUUGUGUUUCAAAACCGUAAAAAGUAUUGCAGCAAUAAUAUCGUCCGUGUAAGUGCUGUUUGUGCGUGAAAAAUGCAAAUAACUUCACUUUUACUGGCAAUAUCAUCGUUGUAAUACAUUUUACUGUUUUGAAACAUUAAUAUUUGUGUUCAGCGAAGUCUCCCGAGUAGAACAGUACCCCCCAUGUAUAGGUUUUAUGGUGUUUUGGAAAGUUAUAGGGUUAUAUAUAGUGCUAGCAAAUUGAAUUCCCUUUACUUUCGGCAUGGGUUGGCAGGCAGGUCCCGCUAAUUGUAAUUAAUUAAGAUACCCAAUUAUGUAAAAAUAUU